AACUCCAGCCAAAGUGCCAAGAGUUGUUUUGUCAGUAUGGCUGCGUCAUUAUGAGAAACGUGACGUUCUGCUUCUGUGCAGACGGCUUCGAGGUGGAGCAGGAUGGUCGAGCCUGCAGAGGUAAGGACUGACAGCCAACAAGGGUAUUCAUCUAAAUCAAAGGGAUGGGUGGCAGAUAUUGACAAACUGAUGACAAAAAUAGAAUGGUAGCUCUAUUAAGUUCGACAACACAGUAAGUAAUAUUUGGAUCAUUCUGGAAUAGCUGCUACAUGGACGCACAUAUAUUGUAAACUGUAUGUGUGAAGGUGGCACUUUUAAGGUGUUUUUUUGGGGCCACAUUAAACUAGGUUUAUGUAUUUAGGUCAUGUUUGAACUGCACUUAGUUUGGAACAACUUCUUGCACCCCUCACUGUAGAUCACGACGACUGCACAGUAUAUGAUACAUGUAGCCAGACCUGUAUGAACACCUAUGGAUCAUAUAGAUGUAGCUGCACAGAUGGAUACAUCCUACAACCCAACAGAAGGUCCUGCAAAGCCAAGACCGGUAAGAUAAAUGAUGUAUCAUGGCUUUAAUAUGCAGCAUGUCUUUGAUGCAGAGAUUUCAUCUCUAGAAUGUGUUGUACCAAGGGUUUCCAUCUAUGAAGGGUUUCCAUCUAAUCAAUAUUACAUUUUACAUUUACGUCAUUUAGCAGACGAUCUUAUCCAGAGCGACUUACAAAUAGGUGCAUUCACCUUAUAGCCAGUGGGAUAACCACUUUACAAUGUUUUUAUUUUUUAUUGUAUUUUUUUAUUUUUUUGGGGGGGGGGGGGUAAGGGGGGGGUAGAAGGAUUACUUUAUCCUAUCCCAGGUAUUCCUUAAAGAGGUGGGGUUUCAAAUGUCUCCGGAAGGUGGUGAGUGACUCCGCUGUCCUGGCGUCGUGAGGGAGCUUGUUCCACCAUUGGGGUGCCAGAGCAGCGAACAGUUUUGACUGGGCUGAGCGGGAACUAUAUUUUCCUUUGUGUGUAUUGGAAUAACACAAAAAAAACAGGAAAAAAGCAAAUUUGACAUAAUUUCACACAAAACUCAAAAAAUGGGCCGGACAAAAUGAUUGGCACCCUUAACUUAAUAUUUAGUUGCACACCCUUUGGAAAAAAUAACUGAAAUCAGUCGCUUCCUAUAACCAUCAAUAAGCUUCUUACACCUCUCACCCGGAAUUUUGGACCACUCUUCUUUUGCAAACUGCUCCAGGUCUCUCAUAUUGGAUGGGUGCCUUUUCCCAACAGCAAUUUUAAGAUCUCUCCACAGGUGUUCAAUGGGAUUAAGAUCUGGACUCAUUGCUGGCCACUUCAGAACUCUCCAGCGCUUUGUUGCCAUCCAUUUCUGGGUGCUUUUUGAAGUAUGUUUGGGGUCAUUGUCCUGCUGGAAGACCCAUGAUCUCGGACGCAAACCCAGCUUUCUGACACUGGGCCCUACAUUGCGACCCAAAAUCCUUUGGUAAUCCUCAGAUUUCAUGAUGCCUUGCACACAGUCAAGGCACCCAGUGCCAGAGGCAGCAAAACAACCCCAAAACAUCUUUGAACCUCCACCAUAUUUGACUGUAGGUACUGUGUUCUUUUCUUUGAAGGCUUCAUUACAUUUUCGGUAAACAGUAGAACGAUGUGCUUUACCAAAAAGCUCUAUCUUGGUCUCAUCUGUCCAUAAGACGUUCUCCCAGAAGGAAUUUGGCUUACUCAUGUACAUUUUGGCAAACUGUAGUCUUGCUUUUUUAUGUCUCUGUGUCAGCAGUGGGGUCCUCCUGGGUCUCCUGCCAUAGCGUUUCAUUUCAUUCAAAUUUCGACGUAUAGUUCGCGCUGACACUGAUGCACCCUGAGCCUGCAGGACAGCUUGAAUUUCUUUGGAACUUGUUUGGGGCUGCUUAUCCACCAUCCGGACUAUCCUGCGUUGCAACCUUUCAUCCAUUUUUCUCUUCCGUCCACGUCCAGGGAGAUUAGCUACAGUGCCAUGGGUUGCAAACUUCUUGAUCAUGUUGCGCACUGUGGACAAAGGAACAUCUAGAUCUCUGGAGAUGGACUUGUAACCUUGAGAUUGUUGAUAUUUUUCCACAAUUUUGGUUCUCAAGUCCUCAGACAGUUCUCUUUUCCUCUUUCUGUUCUCCAUGCUUAGUGUGGCACACACAGAAACACAAUGCAAAGACUGAGUCAACUUCUCUCCUUUUUAUCUGCUUUCAGGUGUGAUUUUUAGAUUGCCCACACCUGUUACUUGCCCCAGGUGAGUUUAAAGGAGGAUCACAUGCUUGGAACAAACUUAUUUAUCCACAAUUUUGAAAGGGUGCCAAUAACUUUGUCCGGCCCAUUUUUUUAGUUUUGUGUGAAAUUAUGUCAAAUUUGCUUUUUUCCUGUUUUUUUUUGUGUUAUUCCAAUACACACAAAGGAAAUAAACAUGUGCAUAGCAAAACAUGUGUAAUUUCAAUACUUUUCUGUGAGAAAUACUUCAUUUUCUGGAAAAAUUUCAGGGGUGCCAACAAUUUUGGCCAUGACUGUAUGAAUAUGAAUUUAAGUUUUAAGUAUAGCCGACCUGUAACAUGGCCUGAGCUAUUUAAUGUCUACAUGUCUUUGCUGUUCUGUGGUACUUUGCCCUUUAGGGCCAACAUAAUGUGAUGAUUCAACCAGGUAACUUUACAAUUGUUGCAGAAAAUACAAGAGGGUUGUUAAAGGGAUACUUCAGGAUUUUGACAAUGAAACCCGUGAUCUACUUCCCCAGAGUCAGAUGAACUCAUGGAUACCAUUUUUAUGUCUCAAGAAUUCAGUAUGAACGUAUGGACGUCUGUGGCAUCUGAUAGCAUGCUAGCAGUUACAAUAGACUUCCAGUCAUUGCGCUAACACUAGUUUGCAAUUGUGUUAACAUUAGUUAGUAACUUACUUCAAACUGCACACAGAGACAUAAAAAUGGUAUCCACGAGUUAAUCUGACUCUGGGGAAGAAGAUAAAGGGCUUCAUUGACAAAAUCCUAAAGCAUCCCUUUAAGACAUAAUCUUUGAAGGAAAGGAUUUAACAAGAGAGGGAACCCUGAUUUAUGACUUGCAUUACUUCCAUUACUCAAGUACCGUGUGAGCUAAACUUUCCUUAGAGUGGUAAAUCACACUCUUCAUGGGUGAAUAGAAGUCCAGUGCAUGCACACUCACUCACACACACACAAACACACACACACACACACACACACACACACACACACACACACACACACACACACACACACACACACACACACACACACACACACACACACACACACACACACACACACACACACACACACACACACCUCCUUACAUUUCCCAUACUGUAUGUCUCCCAGGUCAAUAACAGUUGUAAAACACCCGGUGACAAUCCUUUGUUUGCUUUCCUGCUGGAUCUACAGUAGUGGGCUAUCCCUUAGUAAGAGAUUUACAGUAGUUGUCUUUCCCUUUUGAAAUAGUCCAUAAACAAUGGAACCUAAACAGUGACUGGACAUUAGCAGUAAUUGUGAAAGCGGCAGUAAAUUCAACGUCCCAAACUAGCUGAAUAGUGGAAUGCUAGCAUUUUAACAUGCUGCUUGCACAGUAAUGGCCGAAGCUACAUAGACAUCUGUAAAAGCUUGUCUAUAACAACUUGUUAUAGAGAAUUAAUCAGAGAUUUUUGGAAACAAAUUAAUUUUUACCUGAUGGGUCAUUAGCAGCAAGCAAGUACUUAUUAUAAGUAUCCUUUAAUAAUUUAUGUAUGGAUACUAAUUUCAGUCUCUCUCUUUCUCAGAUCCUGGGGACAGACCACCUGUGUUGCUGAUUGCAAGUACAGAACAUAUCACAGUGACACACCUCAAUGGGUCUUCUCUACCCAACCUAAAGCCAUUGGAUACUAAUCAGACGAUUCACACAUUGGAUUUCUAUUACAAGGAGGAAUCAUUAUGUUGGAUCUCCUCUACAAACUCCAACGGUCAGCUUUGGUGUGCCACCAUGACAAAGUUAAAAGAGUUUUCACAGAUGCGAAGAGUAAGGAUAGGAGAGAAUCUAGAGAGUAAGUUUCAUUCUAAAUUAUGUAGAAAUAUUUCUCAUAAGGGUUUGGAUGUUGCUGCCCCAACAAAAAUGUUUGCUCUUGUCACAAUGUCUUUGUUAUUAUGUGCUUUUUUGUUAUUUUGGUUGUAGAUGUGGAACAUUUUGCCAUAGACUGGCUCACAAGAAACAUUUACUUUGUGGAUAGAGUAAGUGAAAGAAUAUAUGUCUGCAAUGAACAAGACGACACAUGUGUCACAAUAGUCGAUCUCGAUCUUCAAAACCCUGGCGGAAUUGCUCUGGAUUCAUUGAUGGGGUAAGUUGAGAAAUUGAGAAAUGUCUUUUGUGCAAGGUUUUUCAGUCUUUAAAUAUGCCUCAGCUUGCCAUCAGCUGCUGUACUGGUACCAACACUCUUUUUUCGUUUGAUUUAAGGUUCAUUGUAGUGGAACCAGAUGAUAUAUUUUCAUUUUCUAAAAGCAGCAACAGACACCACUAUAUUUACUUUCACAUUCUACAGAAUGUCUUUAUUUUUUUUUAUUUUUUUUUACUUUAAAUCAAACUGACUCUGCUCACAACAUUUGACAACUCAAUUUUAGCAGACCUGUAUUCGUAUGUGAUGCAGCGCUGUACCAGUUGUCAAAACUGAGUGCCACCUCCAGCUGAUAAAGAAACUUUGUGUGCGUCCCAACUGGCACUCUAUUCUCUACAGUAUAUAGUGCACUACUUUUGACUAGAGCCCUAUGGGCCUUAGUAAAAAAUGGUGCACUGUAUAGGGAAUAUGAUGCUGUUUGAGACAGUCUAUUUUAAGGCGUAGACUUCCAAACCCGUGAUAUUCCUGACUUGGAUUUAAGUGGCUCCUACACCUUAGCAGUCAGUUGCUGUUAGGAGAAUGUGUUAUCCUCCUGAGCCACUCACUGCACUCACACGCAACAAAGCUGCUUUCACAACAUCAAAGUGAGAUGGGGUAAUAUUCCAGGAGCAAUGUGUUGAAUUAUUGAUGCGAUAUCAUCUGCAAGACAUUAGUUCUCCUUCGGGAGAAAAUGACUCCCUUCUACUCCCAUGAUAUCUGUCAGAUGACAUCUGACAAAGGGAAUUUAGACGAGUACUAUCUAAGGAUUUAAUGUAUUUUAAAUGGGUUUCACUUACAGUAGUUAAGUGUUAUAGUGCUGUGCUAAAAUGGAGUUGGAUUGUAGAAAUUAAUGAAAAGCGAAUAGAGGUAUUGUCUCAGUCUGAUUUGAUCUGAUACAUUUGUUUUGCAUAGACCAAUCAAAUGUUUCAAAUUAGUAAUUUUAGGGUUGAUACAUUUUUAAUAGAUUAAUCAUACUGGAUCUUAUCAAAAACAAGUGAAGGGUGAAGGUAAACUCUGCAUGCAGACAUACUUCUGUUCUGAAGCUCAAUGUUGAAAAGAGCCUUGAUGCUGAAAUAAGUCAUUGGCAUGGUGCAUUUGGUUGACUGCAUCUAGAAUAGCUUUCUGAUUGGUGGUAUUGAUUUCUUUAAUUACAAAACACUACUUAACUGUUCGAAUGAGCUUUCAAAUAUAGUUGAACGAAAACCACUAAUUUGCAGCACAACAUUGCAUGUGACAAAUUCUGUAGGUGACUGGCGUGUGAAAUAAGAAUCACAAGGAGGGACCGUUUCUAUUGUGAUUCCACAGUUGAUUUCUCCACAACACCUUUUCCCUACUGUUUAUGGGACAGUGCACAUUACUCAAUGUUUCAGGUUCAACAAUGUUAAAGUAUCGGAGCUAGCAACAAAGCUAAUUUCCAUCUGUAGUCAAAAAUGUAGGCCUACUGUACAUUGAUUCUCAAUUGUGGUUUGAUUCUGUAAAAACUGUUUUAUACACUGGGAUUCAACUUGCUUUUCAGGAAAAUGUUCUUUACGGAUUUGGGGGGUACGGCCAAGUUGGAACAGUGCAAUAUGGACGGCACCAACAGAACCAGGAUAGUGGAGAACAGAAUAGAGAAGCCCACAGCUGUUACUCUAGACCUGGUUAGAAAGCUGGUCUACUGGGCAGAUGCUGGCCUGGACUAUAUCGAUGUGGUGGAUUACAAUGGGAGCAACCGGCACACUGUUAUCCAUGAAAGCUCUGUAAGUACAGCGUGUGACAGUUGUUCUCCUAUGAUCUUCCCAUUUCCAAUGUUCAAUAAUUCUUUGUUUCAGAGAAACCAUAUACUAUUUUAUCAAAGGGCAUGCCAGUUGGUCUCACUUUAGUGGUACUUUGUGAGGGUUCAAUAAGAUAGUCCAAAUGAACUACGCUUUUGUUAAGGAGUGGAGUGGAUACUCUGCUGAGUGUGGACUUUCUCUCACCCUCCCUCUUGGGAUUGUUCACUAUGUAGUGCUGACCCUGGAUACCUGCCAGGGGUUUGAAGUGAAGAAGCCAUCUAGCUGUGUGUGCUAGAACGCUUACGUAGAGACAAUGGUUACAUCCCAAAUGGCAUCCUAUUCUGGUCAAAAGGGGUGCACUACAGAGGGAAUAGGGUUGAGAAAGACGCAUCCAAUGGUACUGUACAUUCCUGAUACUGCUGCUGUAUCCCCUUGCCACAGCAUUUUCCAAUGGAUUAGAAUGGAGCGGAAGAGCAGGCCCAGCUAGCACAUUUGGUUCCUUGGAAGUUGUGGGAACAGACAUUUUUGGUUUCCCAUUGGUUCUGGGAACGAAGCCAUAAGUGAAAAUUGUGCCUCUUCUGGGAACGUACAUUUUUAGGUUGCAGAAAGGUUCUGAGAACAUUUUACUAUGGUUCCCUAAAAGUUUUCCUGGGAGGUUUUAUUAACGUUUUGAGAACGUAAAUUAUAGGUUAUUUGAAGGUUAUUAAAUAACGUUCUGAGAACAUGUUUCAAAAAGACUUUUAAUAACACUGCUAGCUUAGUUUGGGUUAACUGUUUUGAACUCCAAGCACAGAUAGGACACAUGGAAAUGUAUUUGCUUAGGCAUUAAUCAUACAAAAACAUUUAUUUUUUAUUGUGGCACGGCAUAAGUGACAUUCAAACCUAUGAUCUUCUGUUCUCUAUCCAUGGAAUUAUUCCACUGUGCGAGCAGGAUGGAGCUAGCAUGCCAUGUUUUUUUAACUCAUAUGAAGCUGUUCAUUUUAGUCUAUUCAAACAGACCCCAUUUCAAAGGAAACAAGCACUCAUUAAGAUCAGGUGUGGCCAAUUACACACCUGAACACACUUAACAAGAUAGAGGAUAGAGAGUUUUGUUGACGCUGAGAACGGAAUGUAUAUGUUAAAUAACAUUCUCAGAACGUUCUUUGAACGUUACUAAUGUUUUCUUGUGGUUUUUAUGGAAAGUUUUCUUAAUGUUCUGAGAACAUUACUUUAAAUAGAACCAUGAGGAAACCUGUAGAAAACGUUAUGCUGAAGUAUUGAAAUUCCCACAGAAAAACAUUGUUUGUUCACAUUCUCUGAACAAUUUGAGAACAUUACUUUAAAUAGAACUAUGAGGAAAUGUAUGCUGAUGUACAGAAAUUCCCACCUAAGAAACAUAUGGUUCUCAGAACGUUAUGUGCUAGCUGGGUAUCCUGCACCAUUUCAAGAAUGUUGUUGGAAUCAGUGGAGGCUGCUGAGGGGAGGACGGCACAUAAUAAUGGCUGGAAUGGAGUAAAUGGAAUAGCAUCAAACACAUGGAACAGUAUUUGAUACCAUUCCACUCAUUCUGCUCUAGCCAUUACCACGAGCCCGUCUUCCCCAAUUAAGGUGCCACCAACCUCCUGUGGUUGGAAUAUUGUAUGUAAAUUAACCAUAGGACAACCACCCUCUCACCAAGCACUAAGAAACGUUAUGUGCUAGCUGGGGGCAAAUGUGUUUACCUGGGGAUUAAGUUGAGAUGAAUGAAACAUCAAAAUAGCCUAUCGUUGCUCUAUAGAACUGUGCUCCUCCUUCCUCUUGUCACUACUGCUCUCUUUGUCUUCCAGUUGGAGCACCUCCACGGAUUAUCACUCUUUGAAGAUUAUUUGUUUGCAACUCGCACCGAGCCCUCUAAAGGAACAAAAGCGGACAUUUUACAGAUAAAUCGAUUUAACGUCACAGAUGUUCAAAUUGUAACCACGGUUGAGAAUUCUGUGGGAAUACGUGUUUACCAAAAACUCACCCAACCAACAGGUAAAAAGCAAAAUAUAGUGUUUCUUGCAUGUUUAGAAGAUAGCUGUGUGUGUGUGUGUGUGUGUGUGUGUGUGUGUGUGUGUGUGUGUGUGUGUGUGUGUGUGUGUGUGUGUGUGUGUGUGUGUGUGUGUGUGUGUGUGUGUGUGUGUGUGGACAUAUUAACUAUACUUGUGGGGACCAGAAUUCCCCACAAGAAUAGUAAACCAAGAAAAAUUUGACCAACUGGGGACAUUUUGUUGGUCCCCACAAGGUAAAAUGCUAUUUCUAGGGGGUUUAGGAUUAAAGUUAGUGUUAGGGUUAGAAUUAGGGUUAGGGUUAGGAGAUAGGGUUAGGGUUAGGGUUAGGUUUUUGGGUUAAGGUUAGGGUAAAGGUACGGGUUAGGGAAAAUAGGAUUUUGGAUGGGACUGAAUUGUAUGUCCCCACAAGGUUAGCUGCGCAAGACUGUGUUUGUGCGUGUGUGUGUGUGCGUGUGUGUGUGUGUCGUGUGUGGUAUCCACCCUCAUGUCCUAUCUCUCUCUGCAGUCAGGACUCAUGCGUGUGAUCCCGAUCCGUCUGGAAGAAAAGGAGGAUGCUCGCACAUGUGUCUGCUCAGUGGAAGUUACAAAUCCAGAUCCUGUCGCUGUCGAACAGGCUUUGUACUGAGAAGUGACAGCAAAUCCUGCAAGAGUAAGUUCAUAUUAGGACAUAUUAUGUCAUGUCUUGACAGUCAUAGUGUCAGUCAGGGGCAAAGUAACUUCUAAAAUUAGUGACAGCGCCCCACAAACCAAAUGCCUGCAACUUUGUUCUAGUGCGUUCCUCUGUCAGGUCUACUGAACAUCACAUCUAGUCAACCCAAACAACAUCUCAUUCUCUGCAUGUUACUAAUGACUUCGUUUUGGUCAGCUUCAAUGCUUCCCGUUAACUUUGUCUCAAGCAUUGCUUUAGCACAGACUGGUUUUGGAGAAAGGGAUUGAUUGAUUGAUUUGACAAGGUCUAAUCAGCAUAACUAAUUCUUGCUUUAAUUUAGGUAAUUGGAAUUAGCUUAUUCUCCUCGUCUUAGAUAGGAUACGUUUUGUCAAAUGGUUUAAUUUCCUGUGUUGGAUGGAAGAAAAGCUAAUCAAGUCAAUUUAAUUACACACUGGCAGGGUAAAGAAGAUUAGUAGUUGAUGGUUUAUUUAUGUCAUCUUCAUAACACUUCCUAUGAGCACCCUCUUCAUAAUGCAUUAUAACCUCCCUCUGCAGAGCCUGUGAAUGAGGUAUUCCUGUUCUACGGACGAGGGAGACCUGGUGUCAUCCGAGGCCUGGACCUGAAUAGCAAGUCGGAGGCUGAGCACAUGGUACAGAUUGACAAUCUUGUAAACCCACGGGCGAUCGGCUUCCAUGCAGAGACCAGUCACAUAUACUUUGCCGACACAACCAGCUUUCUGAUUGGCCGACAAAGACUGGAUGGGACCAAUCGAAAAACGAUCCUCAAAGAUGGUCAGUGCAUUCAGAUGGUUCUGGUUGUUAGGUAAAAACUUCAAGUAACCUUUAGAUGAGAUAUUCCAGAUGUUGACAAAAAAUAGCACCUUUAAGUUAAUGAAUUGAGAAUCAUGCCAACCAAGUUAUGUGAGGAUUAAACUCAUGUGGACAGACGCAGGUAACAUAGGAUUGUAUCAUAGCAUCCGUCAACAGACUGUGAGAUGCGACGACUAACGAGGAACUCUGUUCCGGUGCGCAGAUAUUUUGGACAAAUCACAAUUUCACAGGUGUUCGCAUCUUUCAAAUUUCGGAAGGGUAGGGUACAUUUGGCCCAUGCUUUGGUUGAGAGUUUUCAUUUAGAGGGGGUGGAAACUUAGUCUUGUUAGUAUAUUUCCUCAUACAUCUCCCCCAGAACAUAAUCGAACAUCUGACGCAGUUACGCAAGAUUUUAGUUCUGAGAUUAUGUGAGGAUAGGAGUCCUACGUCUUCUUUACAUACCUUGCAUGUACCUGUACACCUCUGUACACAAAUGAAUCAUAUGUUAUUCAUACUUUGAAAGGUCUUAAAGUUGUGUCCCCGAAUUAGGUCAAUCUCUAAUACCCAAAAGCGUUCUGUGUAAGCAGCAUUAUUUUUGCAUGGCUGUUGUGUUGUGUAUGAUUAAUAUAUCUGCUACAGUAGAUUCUAGAACAAUGCUUUGGGGUUUCGAUUCCGUUAACGACGAUCUGGAGACAGUGAUAGAUUACGCUCCUGCAGGGAUAAUCAAGUAGAGGAUAACAGCAGGGUACUGUAUGCAUUUAAUUCUCUUUUUUUUCCCCCUCACAUCCUGACCUAGACCUUGAUAACGUAGAGGGGAUCUCAGUGGACUGGAUAGGGAACAACUUGUACUGGACAAAUGACGGCUACAGGAAAACAAUCAGCGUUGCCAGAUUGGAGAAAGCUGCACAAACCAGGAGAACUCUGUUAGAGGGAGAUAUGUCUCACCCCAGAGCGAUCGUGGUGGACCCUCUGCACAGGUGAAAAUGUAUUUUACAGUUGACACCCUGAUAAGGCCUCCUCAUGUAGUGACGUUUCAGUAGAUAUUGGUUUGGACAUAAGAUGUUAGGACCCAAUUUUGGUACUGUUUUGAGUAAAUUGACUCUGGCCGGGAUUCAAUCCUAUCAGUGGUAGAUCCACAUUUUAGCACGCUUGACAUUUAAAGGUAAUUUUCACUUGAGACGACAUAUGCAGUGUUUACCUGAAUGCGGUCUCCACAAAUGCUGAAACAUUGCCUUUAAAAUGUGCAUAGCCGACAAAGCGCGAUUGGAUUAAAUCGCGGCCUACAUCUCCAUCUGAGGAAAGGAGCUGAGGUUGGACACUUUUCGGUUAGUUAAUUAUAAGAAUGAGCUUAGAGGUGAGAUGGAGACUGAAAUGCUGUGAAUUGCUGCUCUGGCAAAAAAUGUAAGUAGUGUGUUGCUCUCUGGUAUAACAGGCUUAACAGUGUCAGAGCAGCCUAGAGUGUCUGCUGCUUUUCGUGAACUUUAGAGUGAUUUGAUUUGAUUUUCACACAUUUGGUAUCAUGUCUUAAAAAAUAUACAGUAUAUACACUGAGUAUACCAAACAGGUUUGAGUUACACCCCACCCCUCCCUACCUUUUUGCCCUCAGAACAGCCUCAAUUCGUCUGGACAUGGACUCUACAAGGUGUAGAAAGCGUUCCACAGGGAUGCUGGUCCAUGUUGACUCCAAUGCUUCCCACAGUUGUGUCAAAUUGGCUGGAUGUCCUUUGGGUGGUGGAUGAUUCUUGAUACACAUGGGAAACUGUUGAGCGUGAAAAACCCAGCAGCGUUGCAGUUCUUGACACAAACCGGUGCGCCUGGCACCUACUAACAUACCGCGUUCAAAGGCACAUUCACCCUCUGAAUGGCAGACGUAUACAAUCCAUGUCUCAAGGCUUAGAAAUCCUUCUUUAACUUGUCUCCUGCCCUUCAUCUACACUGAUUUGAAGUGGAUUUAACAAGUGACAUCAAUAAGGGAUCAUAGCUUUCACCUGGAUUCACCUGGUCAGCCUAUGUCAUGGAAAGAGCAGGUGUUCAUAAUGUUUUGUAUACUCUGUGUAUAUUUGGGCUAAAUGAUCUACCUCUCUAUGCUAAACCAUCGUAUUGAUAAUUCAUUUUUUCUGGUUUUCAGCUGGAUGUACUGGACAGACUGGGAGGAGGAUGAGGUGAACGAUAGUGUUGGCAGGAUAGUGAAAGCCUGGAUGGAUGGAUCCCACCGGCAGGACUUUGUCACUUCAGACAUACUGUGGCCUAACGGACUCACUCUAGACCAUGGCUCCAGUAACAUGUACUGGUGCGAUGCUUAUUAUGACCACAUAGAGAAAAUCUCCCUCGAUGGCACCCACAGAACGGUUAGUAAAUGAGUGAGUGUUCUUUUCUACUGAUUAAGACUAUACCAUCAACAAAUAUGUAUACCGGUAGUUACAUUUGAAUAUGUACAUUUAUUUUCAAUAUUUAUAUGUUUGCAAAUACAUGGCUCCAUCAAAAAAGUUGCUUUUAACUGUGAAUUAUUGUCUAACAUGUUCUUUGUUUCUUUUAUCCAAAGGUGGUGUAUAACGGCAAAGAAUUAAACCAUCCCUUUGGAAUUUCCCUGCACCAGAAUUCUGUUUUCUGGACCGAUUACAUGAACGCCUCUAUUUUCCAACUGGACUUGCAGUCAGGGCAGGUUGCUCUUAUGAGAAGUGAGAAACCCCCUCUUUUUGGGCUAUCUGUGUACGAUGCUCAAAGGCAGCAAGGUAAAUACACAAUCACACUAUAUCAUUGUCAUGCACCAAAACUAUUUAAAUACAAGACUGGCUCACUUUUUGGAAUAUAAAUAUAUCAGAGACUAGUGGAUAUAUAAUAAUCAUUAUGUACAGUACAGGAUCCCUGUGUCUCUCAACCCUGUGAAACCAGUUUUUUUCAUCAAACCUGAUGAGAUGGUGAGCUGAGGGGACCUUGGAUGAAAUUACAACACUGAAAAUGGCUGAAGUGCUAAACUUGGGCUUUGCUCCAGCCAGGGGGUUUGAAAUGCAUGACAGUUAAUAAGUCAUAAGAUUCUCUUUAGAUUUCUCCCUUUUAGCAUAUUUUAUAUGCCACAACUCUGGCACUCAGGCUCCUUACAGUAGGGGGUCAGGCAUAUUUUAGUCUGUCUGGUGCAACCCUUCUCUAACAGCCAAACCUCAUAGCCAUGGAGGACGAGUCAUAAACAAAGAGAUGAUUGACUCAAUGAGAAUUUUAAGCUGAGGAUGUCCUCAAAUGUACACCGACUCUAAUCCUUUAACAGCUACUUAUAGUUACCCCAGGCCAUGCUUUCAGACUCAGCUGCACUGGGGUUGUCAUGAUAACAGUCAUUGGUUGGCACAGGGAAGCACCUGUCUGUCCUGUCUCUCAAUACCCCAAAAGGAACGCUGAACUCAGCUGGGUGCCACUUACCUCAGCCUUCACAACUUCUUCAUAUGCCUUAUUUCACCUCAGACUUCAUCAUGCCUUUUUACCGCUCUUCGUAUCCCUCCACUCCAAAUAAAGUUUCAUCUACUUCAAGGAGGACGCCAAACGAUCCGUCAGACACAGUGUUCCGUUUUCAUCUGUUGAUGUUGUCGCUCAGACUUUUAAUAGCAGCGGGGUUUGGAUGAUUCUGCCUUUGGCUGAGUCAUGUAAACAGUCUCUCUGACUGGCAUGCGAAUAGGAAUACAGACAUAAAGCCGUUUUAUGAAAGUUUUGAAUAAAGUAUUUGGUAUAAUAGCGUCAUUGUAACUAGAAUCAUAUACAGUGCAUUCGGAAAGUAUUCAAACCCUUUGACUUUUUCCACAUUUUGUUACGUUACAGCCUUAUUCUAAAAUUGAUUAAAUUGUAUUUUUUUCCCUCAUCAAUCUAUACACAAUACCCUAUAAUGACAAAGCAAAAACAGGUUCGUAGUAACUUUUGCAAAUGUAUUAAAAACAAAAAACGGAAAUAUCACAUUUACAUAAGUAUUCAGACCCUUUACUCAGUACAUUGUUGAAGCACCUUUGGCAGCGAUUACAGCCUCAAAUCUUCUUGGGUAUGACGCUACAAGCUUGUCACAUCUGUAUUUGGGGAGUUUCUCCCAUUCUUCUCUGCAGAUCCUCUCAAGCUCUGUCAGGUCUCUCCAGAGAUGUUCGAUCGGGUUCAAUUCCGGGCUCUGGCUGGGCCACUCAACGACAUUCAGAGACUUGUCCCAAAGCCACUCCUGCAUUGUCUUAGCUGUGUACUGAGGGUCAUUGUCCUGUUGAAAGGUGAACCUUCGCCCCAGUCUGAGGUCCUGAGCGCUCUGUAGCAGGUUUUCAUCAAGGAUCUCUCUGUACUUUGCUCUUUCCAUCUUUCCCUCAAUCCUGACUAGUCUCCCAGUCCCUGCCGCUGAAAAACAUCCCCACAGCAUGAUGCUGUCACCACCAUGCUUCACCAUAGGGAUGGUGCCAGGUGUCCUCCAGACGUGACAUUUGGCAUUCAGGCCAAAGAGUUCAAACUUGGUUUCAUCAGACCAGAGAAUUUUGUUUCUCAUGGUCUGAGAGUCUUUAGGUGUCUUUUGGCAAACUCCAAGCGGGCUGUCAUGUGCCUUUUACUGAGGAGUGGCUUCCAUCUGGCCACUCUUCCAUAAAGGCCUGAUUGGUUGAGUGCUGCAGAACGUUCUCCCAUCUCCACAGAUGAACUCUGGAGCUCUGUCAGAGUGACCAUCGGUUUCUUGGUCACCUCCAUGACCAAGACCCUUCUCCCGAUUGCUCAGUUUGGCCUUGCAGCCAGCUCUAAGAAGAGUCUUGGUGGUUCCAAACUUCUUCCAUUUAAUAAUGAUGGAGGCCACUGUGUUCUUGGGGACCUUCAAUGCUGCAGAAAUGUUUUGGUACCCUUCCCCAGAUCUGUGCCUCGACACAAUCCUGUCUCGGAGCUCUACGGACAAUUCCUUCAACCUCAUGGCUUGGUUUUUGCUCUGACAUGCACUGUCAACUGUGGGAUCAAAAAUAGACAGGUGUGUGCCUUUCCAAAUCAUGUCCAAUCAAUUGAAAAUACCACAGGUGGACUCCAAUCAAGUUGUAGAAAUAUCUCAAGGAUGAUCAAUGGAAACAGGAUGCACCUGAGCUCAAUUUCGAGUCUCAUAGCAAAGGGUCUAAAUACUUAUGUGUCACGAUCGUCGAAGGAGGAGGACCAAGGCGCAGCGUUGAAGGCAAACAUACUUCUUUAUUAGUGAUUUCACGAACAAAACAACAAACGAUAACGUGACGUCCACGGUCUAACACAAACCACACUGGAACAAGAUCCCACAACCACUGUGGGAAAACAGCCUGUCUAAAUGUGGUUCCCAAUCAGAGACAACCAGCAACAGCUGACACUCGUUGCCUCUGAUUGAGAACCACACUGGCCAACAUAGAAAUACUUAAACUAGAAUGGAAAACACAUGAAAACUCACACCCUGGCUCAACAUACUAGAGUCCCCAGAGCCAGGGCGUGACAUUAUGUAAAUAAGGUAUUUCUGUUGUUAAUUUUAUUAUAAAUUUGCAAACAUUUCUAAAAACCUGUUUUUGCUUUGUCAUUAUGGGAUAUUGUGUGUAGCUUGAUGAGAAAUUGUUUUUAUUUAAUCCAUUUUAGAAUAAGGCUGUAACGUAACAAAAUGUGGAAAAAGUCAAGGGGUCUGAAUACUUUCCGAAUGCAGUGUAUCUGCUAGCAUUACAGUUAUGAGUUAUGUUAUUGUCUUCCUAAUAUGUUGCAUUAUAAAGGCUGCAGCUGCCAAGAAUUAUCUGAUUUAGCCUACUUUGGUUUAUCUAAUUGAUCUUUAGGUGACAAUGCAUGUCGGGUUAACAAUGGUGGCUGCGGUAGCCUGUGUCUGGCCAUUCCCGAUGGCAGAGUGUGUGCCUGCGCUGACAACCAGUACCUGGACAAGAAUAACCUCACCUGCUCCUGUAAGUAAUGUCAAAUACACUCUUAUCUCAAACAUAAAAGGCCUGUUCAGCCUGGCACUCCACAUCAAUAACCAAGGCAAUCAAUAGUAAUAAUGACUGCAGAUAAGAUAUGGUCAUGUCGAACUCAAUAUGCCGGUAUUGAUUUUCAAUGCCAGCAUAUAACAUUAAAUAAACGUUUCCUCAGUUGUGGCUCUUUUGAGGAAUAUGUUCUGCAGAGUAUGAAGGUGAGCCAGCAAGUGGACUUGUGUGUAUGUGUGUGUGCUUGCAGCCACAUUGGGAGAUUCAGGGGACCAUGGGGAGCCACAGAGAUGUAGGAAUGAAGAGUUCCAGUGUAGGAACCAGCGUUGUAUCCAGGCCUCCUGGAAAUGUGAUGGGGACCAUGACUGUUUGGACGGAAGUGAUGAGGAACCGUACAUCUGCUGUAGGUCUUAUUCUGCAUGUUAGAAAACAUAUACUGUAUCAUUUUGCAGUUAUGAAGAAUAGGACAUGUCCCAGAGACAGAUUUAUUUAUGAAUUAAGUUGACAUUAACAACACACAUCAUCUAUGCAAGAAUGAAGUUGCUAGGCUGACUUUUUCUGUCAUACUUUCUAGCUAUCUAUCCAGUAUCUAUGAUGAAUACGUUAAUAUGAAUGCAUUAUAUUGUUAGAUAGUACUGCACUGUUGGAACUCAAGCAUUUCACUACACCCGCAAUAACAUCUGCUAAAUAUGUGUAUGUGAUCAAUAUAAUUUGAUUUGAUGACAGUUCACGUCAAAGACUAAAUAUCAAAGCAAUUUUGCCCAUCAUUACAGAUAAUCGUAGUUGCCCAGCGGAUCAGUUCAAGUGUCUGAACAACCGCUGCAUCCCCAAGAGGUGGCUCUGUGACGGGACCAAUGACUGUGGGAACAACGAGGACGAGUCCAACUUCACCUGCUCUGGUAUGCUACUGUCUGCUCUACUAAUAGGCCCUUCUAGCUCAUAUGGACCAGGAUGCGGCCGACAGAUUCCAUGUUGUAGAACAAACUUGGAUGAUCUCCAAGUUUCUCCAACAAGAUACUCAUUUGGGAGAGGUUCUGUCAGAGCAGAGGCCAUUGGAGAAUACUCAGAGCGAAGAGAGGAGGAGAGAACUCUUACAAGACUUGCAUUUCUGCAUGAUUUCCUGUGUUGGUGGGGGACGCGUAUGUCAUAGAUUCCCAAUGGCCUCUGUGCUACUGCACAUCAUUAAUGUAUCUAUAUACUGGGAUAAUUCAUCAUCUUCUCCAUCCAGAAGACUUGACCCUCUGGGGGACAUGGGGGUUUUGUUAGGGGAUGUAGAUGAGAAAAGUUUGGUUUCACUGCAUCCUUAAAAAGUAUUUUCAGUUGCCAGAUGUUUACACAAUGCCGAUCCUGAACAUGCAUAGGAUGAUUCCAUAAGACAAUGGCGAUUUAUAUGAACGAUAUCCUUGUUUCACGUUUUCACGUUCACUUUUUGAUCUCUGUGGAGAAGUAGAUUACUGUGAAUAGAUAGCGAGCCAAUUCUCUAGGACGACCAGUCACGGAGAAACCAAAUCCAGAUGUGAUCACCCUUUAGCACUAAAAUAAUGUAAUAAUAUGCUGAAUAUUAUUACAAUUGAUGUUUUCAGCGGGGUCAUGCCAAGCUGACCAGUUUUCCUGUGAGAACCCUUUAGCACUAAAGAAAAUACAUCCAACACACAUGGUCUGCUGUUACAAAACAAAGAACGUGAACAGUAAAUGAAAAAUAUCAGACAUUACUUGAAAGCUUCCCAUACUAUUAUGGUGUGGAUUCACUCACUGAAAUAGCCUAGGCCUAGUCAAUGCACUUUUGUAAAGUACUUAUUGAGAUCAUAAUGCUAAUGAAAAACACAAUGUAAAUGUUGCAUAAUAGAUUAGAAAAACGUAACUUUUAUAGAGGGAACUUCAGUGUAAUAAAAUAAUGUCAUAAAAUGCUGACUAUUACUAUUGAUGUUUUCAGCGGGGUCAUGCCAAGCUGACCAGUUUUCCUGUGACAACGGGAGAUGCAUCCCAGAGUCCUGGCGCUGUGACAGGGAUGACGACUGUGGGGACCGCUCUGAUGAGACCGCCUCUUGUGGUGAGCUUCUGGACAAGUUUCCAAUUGGCUUAUUCAUCCCUCCUCCUCUCCCCUGUAACUAUUCCCCAGGUCGUUGCUGUAAAUGAGCAUGUGUUCUCAGUCAACCUACCUGGUAAAAUAAAGAUAUUCAUACUGGCAUACUACUUAGAAUGAAACAAUCCAUUGGGCAAGGCAUUCUUAGUGAUAUGUUAGCAUGGGCGUUGGAGCAUAGCCCAGCUUUUUCUUAACACUCCAGCUAUGACAAAUCAAUUUGUUUCCUCCUUUGGUUCCUUCCACUUAGAUAGGUUGACUUAAAUUGAAAUCAACAUUAGCCUAACAUUUCAGAAAUCCUUCGCAAUGUUUUUGAAACUUUUUCUGUCUUUGCAUUAUAUCAUUCCAGUGUAAGGAUUGUCUUUUUUCUCAGAUCUUUUUCUGUCUUACCUACCCAUCAUGUUAAUUCAAUUUAGCAUGUAGGCUAACCUCCGGGCAUGCUCUGACAUACUCUGGAGCAGACAGCUCAGACAAAGGCUUUUAAUAUUUAAAAUGUGAAAUAGCUGGGACUCUCCCUGUCAUGAGGGAUAAUUUUGUCUUCCUUCUCUUAAACAAUAGCAUGCAUGGGUUUUCAAAGAUGUAUAUAAGGAAUUGGUAACUGGAUCAAGCCGUCUCAGCUAACAUUUUUGAUAUUGGUAAGUUGUAGUAAUCAUGGUCAAAUUACCGACCGGAGGGCCCCCAUUGGUUUUGUUAGUCACUCUCACUCAGAUAUCAUAUUAAAAACUGAAAACAUUUCUCUCCAUCCUAUGGCAAAAUGUGUAGAAGUGCAGGAAAUUAGCUGUAUAACUGCAAAUUUUUCUCUGGGAGGAUGGUGUUGAUGUGAACCAUGACCAGCCUUUCAAAGCAUUUCAUGGCUACAGAUGUGAGUGCUACGGGGUGGUAGUCAUUUAGGAAGGUUACCAUGGCGUUCUUGGGCACAGGGGCUAUGGUGGUCUGCUUGACACAUGUAGGUUUUGCAGACUGGGUCAGGGAGAGGUUGGAAAUGUCAGUGAAGACACAAAUGCAAGUUCAAACAGGUUCAAAGACAGCCACGACACAUGCGCAUGAACCCCAAAUGACCUUUCCCCAGGUCAAGUAUCCCACAGUGUAAAUACACCCUCUUCUGGCAAGGAUACAUCUAACAGUACUGUAUAUCACCAUCACCACAGAGUUUUUAAAGCAAAGUAAAGUCAGUAUCUGAUCUCACCUUCUACACUUGUUUUAGAUGAAAGACAGGCAGUAGAACACAGUCUGCAAAACAAUCAGUAAGAACAAUUUGAACCUUCUGUUAGAAAAUAUAGCUGUGAAUUUAACUUUUCUGUUACCUCUGGUGCUACUUAUAAACUGCUUCACUUCACAAGUACAAACAGAGACAGACAGUGUUCACAGUAAUUACAGUUUCUGCUUGGCUUCCUUAAAUCUAAUUCAAGCCUGCGCUGAAAAACACUUUGCUCACUCUCAUUUUUGUAGCUUAAAAAUUCAAAGGCAACGCCAACACACACAACUGUGCCAAUGUCUCCUGCAUCUAAUGUGUAAUAAUAACAGAUUGUUUCACACUGUUUCAGAGGUUUUCAGGGCAUUCAGUCUGUACAUUAUUGGCCUAUGUGAUUCUGGACAGUCAUAAUUGAUCAAUUCCUGUCAUCAAAAGUGCUUUGUUAGAAAAGUCCAAAAACUCUUGUAUUACAACAAUAACACAGUUUUUUCUUCUUUCUUUCUUGACAGAUUUCCCCACAUGUGAGCCCCUCACACAGCUCAGCUGUUCCAAUGGAAGGUGCAUUAGUGUGAAAUGGCACUGUGACUCUGGUAAGUGUUAUUUUUCUGUGAACACUCUCUUUUUACAGUUCAAUUUUCUACCCCCAGUGGAAAAAACUGCCUGAUUUAAAAUGGCAUCAUUACAACAACCAGUGUACAACUAGAAUUGGUUGUAAUCUGGUUGCAACAACAUCAUUUCAACCAGUUUUCCCUACUGGGAAAAUGCUAUGGGAUGGAACUGCACUCUCAAGAAGCACUGUUUCUUAAUCUCUCUUAUGUCCGUUCCCCCUCUCUUCUAUCCUUUCCCUCUCUCUUCCAUCCUUUCCCCCUCUCUUCCAUCCUUUCCCCCUCUCUUCCAUCCUUUCCCCCUCUCUUCCAUCCUUUCCCCCUCUCUUCCAUCCUUUCCCUCUCUCUUCCAUCCUUUCCCUCUCUCUUCCAUCCUUUCCCCCUCUCUUCCAUCCUUUCCCCCUCUCUUCCAUCCUUUCCCUCUCUUCUGUCCUUUUCCCUUUUCCACCUCCCCCAGAUGAUGACUGUGGGGAUGGUAGUGAUGAGGUGGGUUGUGUCCAUGCCUGUUCCAGUGCCCAGUUCCAGUGUACCAGUGGGAAGUGUAUCCCUGACCACUGGGCCUGUGACGGGGACGAUGACUGUGGGGACAACAGUGAUGAGAACACCACCUGCUCUGGGACAGGUGAGGAAGAACACACUAACUUCUCACUCUUCUAUCUGCCUUACGGGACAUGCCCCCUUUGGAUUCAAGUCUUAGAUCUGUGAAGGAAUAAUGGAGUCGGGGAAUAUGCCCAAUAUAGUCUUUGAAAUGGGGAUGCUAUUCAUCACACUUCAGGGGAUGCGUUUAGGAAUAUGGGUUUGAGAUAUACAAUAUCUGUCUUUGUAAAAAAUAUUCCUUACCCAAGAAAAAAUUACUUUAUUUGCUGAAGUGCUGAGCCAUACCUGAACUCUAAAUUUGUAAAUGUAUGUUUACCUCUGUCUCUCCUAUAGCCUCUGUAUCAGCUGAUGACUGCAGCGGAGAUGAGUUCCAUUGCCGUGACGACGGUGGCACCUGUAUCCCCGAGCGCUGGAGGUGUGACGGGGACAAGGACUGCGAGGACGGGAGUGACGAGGCAGACUGUGAAGGCACCAGCAGAAUGUGCGACCCACACGCAAAGUUCACCUGUCAAACCUCAGGUACAGUACUGAAGCUACUGUGAAAACAUUUAGAAAAAGAAAGCUUCACAAUCUGUGGCUCUAAUGCAGUGCAUACUGUAUCAUUAAAGACCCAUGUUUAACUGUAGACAGCUAUGCUGCCUUCAUCAAGAUUUCAUCUGGACUGUAGCUUCUGUGACCCACACACCAAGCUCACCUGUAAAAUCUCAGGUACUGCAGCUACAUCUCCAGAUGUUUUGUGUCAUGCUAAACUCCUUUACGUGUACUCUGCAUACAGCACUGUACUCUAUGUCCCCAAAAUGAACCAGAGCGGCCAUGUUUUUAAUGUCGACCUCUCAGAGUUAUUACCAUAGACAUACAUUUAUUUGAUUUAUCUCUGGUUAUUACCCUCAAAUGGUCUUAAUUUGUGUCCUUGUGGGGUUAACAUUCACACACAAUCGUGAGAAAAAUCCAGAGCGCCUUUCAUGUCCUUCUCUAAAAUGUGAGCGUUUUAUGAUACCUGCAGUGCAUCUUGUAGACUUCUCCUACACUUUAUGCUGUAGGCAUGACAGUAAAAUGGGAACACUUGGGGUACUUUAUGUGACUCCUAAAACAGUUCCACAUGGUUGUGGUAAAUCAAAUCGGCCUAGGAGUUUCAGAUUUCCCAAAGUAAGUUGAAUGAGGUGUGUAUAUAUAAGAUCAUAUAAUUGGGGCAAUAGUUCAGUGGAGUUGAUAGGAAUCAUCUGCACAGUGCACUGCAUUAUAUAUAAUUGGUCUUAAAGUGGAGAAUUCACAUGAGAAAAGCCUCUUGCUUAGUUCACUGAUCUCAUGGUUUUAAAAGGCUUAAUACACAUCAUUCACUUACCAUGCAACAUUUUAUAAAAUGUCAUAAGGAGUUUUAAGAUCCACAAAAAGCUUAACGGUAACGCAGUUGAAAAUGGCAUGGCUUUUGAGAGCGGAAGCGUCCAGCCAUGACGCACAGUGCCAAUAGAAGAGAGAUGUGCCUUUUGUGGUGGUGAAUCUCGUAUUUAGAAUCUAUUAGUUUCUCCCCAUUUUUUGUUUAAUUUGAUUAAAAACCAAGCAUAACCUACCCUCCCACUACUCAAGGCUGGUUUAGCAGCAUCGCAUAGGUGCGUCUUUUUUAGCAUGGCCAUUAGCCAAGUAGCCUAUGAAUAAAGUGGGUUUAAAUGGUCUAGAUUUUUGUUGAGAAUCUUCUUCGCAGAUAAGCAACGAUACAAUUGACAAGAGCCUAGUAUUUUGUAUAGACGUGCGAAUGUUAUGCUUAAAGACUUUUAGGCCUAAGUGUGCACACAGUGCCAUGGAACGAGAGAAGCGAUUUAUAAUAUAAUGCAUCUGACCCCAUCCUAUUUAGAAAUAUUGGUUUAAAAACAGAUCGUUUAAUUUGAUUAAAAACAAAACUUAUUAGAAAGAUUCACUGUCCAUGGGUUUAUGGUGAGAAUGUACAUGACUGAAUGCAAUGCAAUUUCGUCUAUUUCUGGAGAAGUGCAAAUAUGAUCUCUAAGAUGGUCCCAUGACAUUAUAAAACAUUACAUUUGUGAGCAGUAUAACAGUAAGUGGACAGUCCCCCUUUCUCUUUAUAUUGGAUCUUUAUCCAGCUCCUGUGAAAGGUUUGGACGUGCGUAAAACCGUCUAAAUUGCCUUGUCUGAAUUAUAUGCCCACUGGGAGCAGUUAUUGUGCCUGUAAUUGUAUUUAGGCAUAGCCUAUUUAAAACAAGUUCUUGUUUAAUUUUUAUUAGAAUUUGAUAAGAAUUAUACACUUUCUUUUCAGGAUUUAUCAAUAGCCUAGUGAAUUAAAUCUUGCUUAUUGACUAUGUUUGGCAUGUCCAGACUGCAAUUUACAGUAGGGCUAGCCCCUAUAUCAGUGCGAAUGCUAUAAAAAAUGUUUAACAAUGUAUUUCCAUAUUGAAGCAAUGCAAAUAGAACAAUGUGGACUGCAAAAAUGUUCAACAUAUUUAGCAAAUACGGAGCAGGCUAUUUAACGAACUUGGCUAUAACGGAUUAUUACCGCCAGCGCUAAGAUUGACCAUUGCGUUAGGUUUGUUAAAAUAGGUCUGUCAGCGUGGAUUCUGAAACAGCUUCAUUAGGAUGCCUGCUUGGAUUCUCAGUAUUUUGUAAAACACUUCAAAACACUCCAAAAUAAAAGCGAACAGAAAGAAUAUACCUCCAACAAUAGAUCAACACACUGUUGUUUGAAUUGAAAUAAUUGGCAGACUCAGCUCUGAUCUGUAUUCACUGUGUCUGUCCAGACUAAGCUGACUGCCUUACGCUGAGGCUGACAAACUAUAUCCUUUGAAAAUAUAUAGGAGGCGUCCCAAAUGGCACCCUAUUCCCUAUAUACUGCACUACUUUUGACCAGCGCCCUAUGGGUCAUGGUCAAAAGUAGUGCACUGUAUAGGGAAUAGGGUGCCAUUUGGGACACGGACAUAGCCUUUCGUGAGGCCUCAUUGCAAACCAAAUAAACAGGAUUUAUUCCAGGGUUUACUCAUCAAUAACACAGAUUAAAGCUGAGGUGGGCUGCCUCUUUGCUAGCACCAUACACUACUUUCUUCUGAUGCCUAUAGUGCUUUUAUUCCUCAGCUUUUCAGGAUUCCUCUGAGACUGUGCUUUUUACCUCGCUGCUUCCAAUAAUUGCUUCCUGUUUCCUGCAAUUGUUUCAAAAAUCUUCUAUUUCCAGUCACUUUUGAUAGAAACAUUUGACCAACUACCUAGAAUCAGCAGAAUUGCUUAAUUUGAUUGUAUUGACAGUUUAGGCUUAGGUAUCACUAUGACCAUUUUCUCUGUUUUUCUCUGAGCGUUUCCGUUCUCUCCAAGAAAAUUGACAAUCAAUUCUUAUUUCUGUAUUUACGGUUGAAAUGUGGGUUUUGUAAUCAUUCACAAUAUCUCUUAUAAGGACAAAAUUAUUAGAUUUUUGCCAUUUUGUCCCUUGCCUCAUCACCUCAUCGCUCUCCGUUUCUCCCCACACAGGCCAGUGCAUCAGUAAGAGCUGGGUGUGUGACGGGGACCAGGACUGUGAGGAUCUGUCCGAUGAGGAAGGCUGUGAGAUGUCCCCCUGUAAGCCCCCCAGAUACCCCUGUGCCAACGACACCUCUGUCUGCCUGCCGCCUGAGAGCAUCUGCAAUGGGAGAUACGACUGCUCUGACCACUCUGAUGAGGGACACUUCUGUGGUAUGACCUUUUGUUCAAAUCACUUCUAACCAAUUGUCUUGGUCCUAUUUCUCUCACUUGCGUCAAUUCUCUUGGUCCCCACUUCAAUUAAUUAUUAAAUAUCGUUCUAUUUUUUUUCACUUAAUUACAUAUUUCCUUUGUCUCCCUCCGCUAGCCUGACCAGCAAAUGUAUGUUGACAGACAGUGUUGAGCUGUUGAAAAUCAGCAGCAGUGCUUACUUUGGCAUCGUCCAUCUGUCCUCUUAUUCCCCACUGAACUCAGGGAGAAUAUCGGGGAGAACAAGCUGUUAAAACCGAAGAUCAUAUAACUCUUGCUGACCAAGAUCCUUAGUUUUGUCUGGAAACACUCCAAAUACGGCAGGGAAGAGACAGGGGAGACAUAUUAAUAGUGAAGGGGAUUAUGGUUAAAACGGAGACAAGCCUUUUGUUUGAACCACAUGGGCUAGAUGAUCAUAGCAGUGGGGUCAGGCUUAGGCAAUGUUGAUGGGGUUAGUCCAGAUGAAUGCCUUAUGUUCACAUGAAUGACUUGCCCAGGGAUUACCACACAACACUUUGUCCAUAGAAAAAAAGAUGCGAAGACAAAUGUCAGGAAAGAUAUGUGUUCACUUUCUUGUGGGGUAUUGAGCCUUUAUGCCACUAGCCAACAAGGACGUACAGUACAUCGGUCUCCAUUCAACACUGCUCUCUGACUUUUGUUCCAUCUGUCUGUGCUCUCUGAAUCAAUCUGCUCUCUUCGUCGUCUUCUCUCACCAUCUCAGACGACUGCAUUUUGGGUAAUGGUGGCUGUAGCCACCAGUGUGCAGUGGCUCCUGGGAGGGGCGUGGCGUGCUCCUGCCCGGCGGGGCUCAGUCUUAGCCCAAACAACAAGACCUGCCAAACCCUGGACUACUGCUCCAGGCACCUCAAGUGCAGCCAAGUGUGUGAGCAGUACAAAACAACCGUCAAGUGUUCCUGCUACCCAGGCUGGAGGCUGGAACUAGAUGGGGACAGCUGCCAGAGUACAGGUAGCUGGUGUUAAGCUCAGUGUGAUAUGGCUGAUAAGUCUUUCUGACACAUACCUGCCCAUAGAAAUGAGAAUUCCGGUUCUAUUUCUGUGGUCCUGUGUGUCUCAGUCAGUAGAGCAUGGUGCUUGCAACGCAAAGGGUCAUGGGUUUGACCUGCUGGGAGCACCCAUACGUAAAAUGUAUGCACGCAUGACUGUAAGUCACUUUGGAUAAAGAUGCAAAAUGGCAUAUUUAUUAUUAUAUUCUAUGGGACAGCCACCUUUUACCCUAGUGCCUUGAAUCCAACAGAUAAGAAGCAAUGUGAUCAAUUGGUUAUAUUCCUAAUUGUAUAUUCUAUUCCAAAUUCUAAAGCAGUUAUUUGGGACAUUCCAUUUAAAUACCCUCGGAAACAGUAUCCAUUAGAAUAUUGGCCAUUUAUAUGCCAGUAGAUUUAUAGGCAGUUUUUUCUCUUAAUCAAUUUCUCGGGUAAUUGUAUUGAAUAAGCUUUUUUUAUUUUUUAUUUAAAUUGUUACACUUUCAAUUGGAGAUGAAUCCUCCAAAGGUUUCUGUACUCAUUUUAUGACAAGAUGAGCUAAACGAGAUCAUGUGAUAUGAAAAUGAAAGAUAACUUUGUUAAUAAAAUGAUGAUUUCGUGAGUAUUGAUUUCAAUAUAAUCUUAUUCACAAACAAAACUAACACGAGUUGGAAUGCUGCUGAGCAAACAAACAUGACAGUUAUUUGUGUAUGUGUGUGAGAAUCUGUUGUAUUAGUAUGCAAUAUUUAUUAUCAAAAAUGUUUUUCUUGAGUUAUUUAUUGUUUCCUUCCUCAGAUCCCUUUGAGGCUUUCCUCAUCUUCUCCAUCCGCCAUGAGAUCAGGAGGAUAGAUCUCCACAGACGAGACUACAGUCUUCUAGUUCCUGGUUUGAGGAACACCAUCGCCUUAGACUUCCACUUCAAUCAGAGUCGACUCUACUGGACCGAUGUGGUUGAGGAUAAGAUAUACAGAGGGAAGCUGCUAGACUCUGCUGGUAGGAACACAUAGUAUUUGGUUGGACAUGUGUUUUUCUUUUUGGAUAAGCUGAGUUGUUGAUGUUUAAUUGAGGUCAUGGGGAAAGUGUUGUAUCGGCUAUAUUUUGUUCUCCUCUCAGCUCCACUGGCCUAAUAGUCUGUGCUUUGACUCCAGAGGUGACCCUUUUUUGAAGACUUCCCAAACCAAAGCCUAUUUUACCUGUGUUUCAGCACAUCCUCUUGCCCUCUUAUGUGUCAGUGUGUUGGUCCUUUACUGUCAUUGGUUCCUUACAGGUGUGACAGGGAUUGAAGUGGUGGUCCAACAUGGAUUGGCUACUCCAGAGGGUCUGGCUGUUGAUUGGAUAGCAGGGAACCUGUAUUGGAUUGACAGCAACUUAGAUCAGAUAGAGGUGGCCAAACUAAACGGGGAGCUCCGGACCACACUGAUCGCUGGAGGGAUGGAGCAUCCACGAGCCAUCGCUCUGGAUCCUGAGCAGGGGUUAGUUAUCUUAUAAUGAGAGAGAGAGAGUGAGAGAGAGAGAGAGAUAUUCUUAUUACAUUAUUUUGUGGUUUAGAAUUAUUUUCUGGACAGACUGGGAUGCUUCCUUCCCUCGGAUCGAGGCUGCUUCUAUGAGCGGAGGAGGACGCCAUGUUGUCUUCAGAGACAUGGAGAUAGGAGCCUGGCCUAAUGGUCUUACUCUGGACCUUAUGGAGAAGAGGGUCGUGUGGACCGACGCCAGGUGGGUUACAUGCCUGUACCUGUCUGCAUGGGGUCAUUUCCCCAUCAAUUCUAUUUCGAUUCAGGAAGUCAACUGAAAUUCCAAUUUUGUGAGAAUUCCAAUUGACUUCCUGAAUUGGUUGAAUUGAGUUGGAAUUCACCCCAACCCUGCUGAUGGAAUCAUGUGAAAAAUUAUUCUAAUGGUUAAACAUCUAUCUUCAUCUCAACAGGGCUGAUGCCAUAUUCUCUGCUCAGUACGAUGGGACUGGUAUGAUAGAGAUUCUAAGGGGACAUGAGUACCUGUCACAUCCCUUCGCUGUCUGUCUCUAUGGGGGUAGUGUCUACUGGACUGACUGGAGGACCAACACUCUGGCCAGGGCUAACAAGUGGACAGGGGCCAAUGUGACAGUCAUCCAGAAGACCAGCGCCCAGCCAUUUGACCUUCAGAUAUACCACCCCAGCAGACAACCACAAGGUAGGCUACCGCAAUAUCUCAAACAUUAAGAUGACAAGGUUGAAAAGAGAGUGGAUGUUUUGAAUUAAAGACAACCUUCUCAGUCUUAACCCUCAGUCCACCUGGAAAGGUUGAAGAGUUUUGUUUUGUUAGAUCAGAAUUAAUCAUUUAUUGUAUGGUUGAUUAGAUCUGUUGCGUUUAGAUUUUGGUAACAUCUGUUGCGUAAAAAAUGUUGGUUACUUCUGUUGCGUCUAACAAAAUACUUUUCACUUUCUAUAUCCAAAGUUCUCUGAGAGUUAUUAAGACAUCUGCUCUAGUUUGUCAAAAGAUAUGAUAUUGUCUGUCUUAAUGCUGGAAAGAAAACAUCUUAACAACUGUCACUAUUCAUCGGUUGCACCUCCAUCACUCGGUCGCGUCAUGCCAUUGUUAUGAAAGUUCUCAAGCCACCCUCUAUCGUCAGCACCAUAGUGGUGCCCUAAAGUGGUGAUAAGCCCAGUUAUUCUGGAAGGAGGCUAACUACUGCUGAGUCUAAAUUGCACUAUAGUGCCUGGAAAUACGAUGACGUUGCUAAAGUAGUCAAAUAUUUAGUAGGAAUCAACUUUGCCAGCAUUAUCAUGUCAUCAAAUUUACUUUAGACAGAUGGCAAUGUUGUCAUUAGCUAACAAAGUUAGUCAAAAAUAGCUAGCAAUGCUAAUGUUAGCGAGCUAAAAUCUGGUGGCCUCCCCUCAAUCUUAGCUAGCUAGCUAACGUUAUACUGCAUCUAAAGUCAAUCUGGCAACAUCAAAAUGAUAACAAAAGUUUUUCAGACUAAUUAUUUGUCACCUUUUGAAUGUUAUUGGAUUUCCAAGCCCCUGUAAUGCACUUUUGAUGAAAUCUUCAUCAGCGUUCACUGACGAUGCAUUGAGUAGAAUGCUCAGUCGGGCAUCAGUCCAAAACGAACGUUCAAAACAAUAUUAAAAUCAACAAUGCAGUUUUAAGAAAAUAGAGUUAAGAAAAUAUUUACUAAAUAAACUAAAGAAAAAAAAAGUAACACAAUAAAAUAAGAAUAAUGAGGCUAUAUACAGGGGGUAUCGGUACCGAGUCAAUGUGCGGGGGUACUCGCUGUUGGCUGGGUUCCCUGCCUGUGCCAUUAAACCCCUACAACUCAUCCAGAAUGCCGCAGCCCGUCUGGUGUUCAACCUUCCCAAGUUCUCUCACGUCACCCCGCUCCUCUGCACACUCCACUGGCUUCCAGUUGAAGCUCGCAUCUGCUACAAGACCAUGGUGCUUGCCUACGGCACCUCCGUACCUUCAGGCUCUGAUCAGUCCCUACACCCAAACGAGGGCACUGCGUUCAUCCACCUCUGGCCUGCUGGCUCCCCUACCUCUGCGGAAGCAUAGUUCCCGCUCAGCCCAGUCAAAACUGUUCGCUGCUCUGGCACCCCAAUGGUGGAACAAGCUCCCUCACGACGCCAGGAUAGCGGAGUCACUCACCACCUUCCGGAGACAUUUGAAACCCCACCUCUUUAAGGAAUACCUGGGAUAGGAUAAAGUAAUCCUUCUACCCCCACCCCCCCCUUUACUCCAACCCCCCCCCCCCCCCCCCCCAAAUUUUUAAAAAAAGAUAAAAAAAUAAAUAAAUGAAAUAACGAAACGAUAAAAAUAAAUAAAAAAUAAAUAAAACAUUGUAUAGUGGUUAUCCCACUGGCUAUAAGGUGAAUGGACCUAUUUGUAAGUCGCUCUGGAUAAGAGCGUCUGCUAAAUGACGUAAAUGUACAGGUUAGUCGAGGUAAUUUGUACAUGUAGGUAGGGGUAAAGUGACUAUGCAUGGAAAAUAAACAGUGUUUGAUGGUUCGUCUGAGGGCAUAGCGGGAUUUCUUAUAAGCGUCCGAAUUAGUGUCCUGCUCCUUGAAAGCGGCAGCUCUAGCCUAUAGCUCGGUGCGGAUGUUACCUGUAAUCCAUGGCUUCUGGUUGGGAUAUGUACGUACGGUCACUGUGGGGACGACGUCGUCGAUGCACUUAUUGAUGAAGCCGGUGACUGAGGUGGUAUACUCCUCAGUGCCAUUGGAUGAAUCGUGUAUUGUGAUGAAACGUGCAACCCAUGAAUUGGUUCAUCUGGCUUCAUUUUCUCUGUCUGGACUUUUGGCAGUAGGGUUCAUUUACAGGACUCUGCCUUUCACAAAUCAAAUACUUUUCCUUCCAGGAGGAUAUCAGAAUCUUGUAUUAAAAUAAACCAGACUAGUUGAUUAUUGAAACCACGUUGUUGAUUAUUGAACAACUUCCCCCUCUCUCCCUCUCUCGGCGAUAGCCUCCAAUCCCUGCGAGGCGAGUGGCGGUCGUGGACCCUGCUCCCAUCUGUGCCUUAUCAACUACAACCGCACCGCGUCCUGUACCUGCCCUCACCUCAUGAAGAUAUCUGCAGACAACUUUACUUGCUUAAGUGAGUGAACCUCACCCCUUCAUCCGUUUGUCAGUCCGUCCGUCCUUACAUCAGUCUCUCUGUCCAUCCAUCGCUCCAUCUGUCCAGCCAUUCAUUCAUGCAAUCCUCCACAUUCAUACACUAUAGUGCAUGUCCUUCAAAAGUGAGUCAUUUCAAAACACAGUAGGUUUCUACUGUUGUUUUGAGAAGAAAAGUGAAAAAGUUAUCUGACACAGACUGUGAUUAUGUUCACACUACAAUGACUUUGAAAGAGCAUGCGAUUUCAAACUCAUAACCCUGAAAGAGACAUUCUCAGGUGGUUUGAGUGUUGAAUGGCAAGGCCACCAAUAACACCAGCUUGAUUCAGAAUUUUGAAAGCAGGCUAUACAAAGCAAUGUCAAUGUAUAAUUUGUUUCUCUUGUCCUUCAACAGCACUGAAGAGAUUUCUGCUGUAUGUGAGGCGAACAGAGAUCCGUGGCGUGGACGUUGACAACCCUUACCUGAACCUCAUCACGGCCCUGACGGUCCCAGAUAUAGAUGAGGUCACGUCAGUGGACUACGAUGCAUCAGAGGAACGAAUCUACUGGACUGACGUCAAAACACAAACCAUCAAACGGUCCUCCAUCAACGGAACCGCAAUAGAGACAAUCAUAUCCGGAGGUAGAGAAAGAUGUUCACCUCUGUGUUUUUAAAUGGAUCGGUUUUCUGACACUUACGUAAUAAAACGAAACGUUUUUUUAUAAAUGUAUUAUGAGACUGUCACACUGUUUUGCAUCCAUUUGAUGUCCUUUUGAUAGGUACCCAUUCUAAUUUUAAUAGUGCACUUGUCAGGUUGUUCAAGCGAUAGACUCAGUACAUUAUUUGAUUUGAGUUUAACAUAUUGAUGUUGUCUUCUGCAUAUGAUUGUUUGCAGGUAUUGUUAAUGGAAGAGGGCUGGCCCUGGACUGGCUCUCCAGGAACCUGUAUUGGAUUAGUUCAGAAAGCGACGAGACACAGAUAAACGUGGCAAGGCUAGACGGGUCGCUGAAAACUUCUGUGGUUCAUGGGAUUGAGAAGCCUAAGUGUCUCAUUGUACAUCCGUCUAAAGGGUAAUAUUUGUAUUUGAUUUGUGUGUAUACUUUUAUACAGUUCAAUAUCUGAUAUUGAUUAGGUAUAACAAGAUAUCCAGUGGAACUGAUGUUAUAUUGUCAAAUUAAUGCUAGUUACAUGAUAUGAUCAAUGAUUCACUUUUGUGUUGGUGUUCUGUAUGGAAAAUGUUGUUUUCUUAUUGAGUUUUUACCUCCCAGGAAAAUGUAUUGGACAGAUGGCAAUGCAAUAAACAUGGCCAACAUGGAUGGAAGCAAUAGCAAGAUCAUUCACCAGAACCAGAGAGAGCCUGUUGGUAAAUGUCACGUGUACAAUUCUGAAUAUUUGUUCUAAGUACAAUAACAUCCACAUUUAGUGGCCAGUACAAUUUAUCUUCUGCAAUUUUAUAUUGCAUGAUAACAUUAGUACUAUCUGGUAACAAACAACAUUGCAAUAUUGAGUGAGAUGAUCGGUAGAACAGCAACCCCAUAAUAUAUAAAUCAAUGACUCUAAUCGAUGAUGUCUCCUCUAGGGCUGUCGAUAGACUACACAUCAGAUAAGCUGUAUUGGAUCAGUGCAGGCAAUGCCACCAUCAACAGGUGUAGUCUGGACGGUAGUGGUCUGGAAGUGCUGGAGACCAUGAAGAAAGAGCUGGUCAAAGCCACGGCUCUAGCUGUUAUGGGUGAGUGACGAGAGUUUAGCGCAUGGGCCCAUGUUCAUAAAGUGUCUCAGAGUAGGAGUGCUGAUCUAGGAUCAGUUUUGCCUUUUAGAGCAUGAUUCUAUGAAUGAGCACUACUACCCUGAGACUCUUUGUGGAUAUUUUUUGUCUUAGAAAGUGUCUAAUAUAAAUAUGCUGUGCUCUUCCAGCUCAGAAAAGUAUUUGCUGCCCAAAUUGUAUCUUGUUUUAAAUACUAGUACAUUUAUUUGGGGUUGUUUUUGAUCUGGAGUACAUGAGUAAAAGGGGUUUUGACAGUGAUGAACCUUUGCUGUCUUCUUGCAUUGUAUUAUUUGCUGUUUCCCCAUUUCUGUUUAUGUCUCUGAAACUAUUCUAAUUCAUGUUUAAAAUUGCAUCCCAUCUGAUAAAAUGCCUAAUCCAGACAGAAUGCAUUAGGGAAGUUUCUUUGACUUCAGUAGGACUUGUUUGGCCUCUACAGUGAUGGGCGACAGUCCAGGAGAUGUACCUUUGCAUCAAGCUGCCUCACGCUACAGAAACAGAAAACAGUAACCAGGCGUUCUGACGUAGUGAUGGGCAACCUGGGCUUUCUAUCCAUCCUGCUCACUGACUGUCUGUUCCAGGUUUACUUGUAGCUGUAAUGGUGAUUGUACUGUUUUAAUAGUACAGAUCAUUGAGGGGGAGUUUCUCUCCACGCUCUACAAGAAAGUUGAUCAUGAUACUAUUAUCAUGGUGGAAUCAUUCUUUUUCAUAUUGAUUGGAUGGUUGUAUUAAUUUUUUAAAUAUCAGAUCUGCAUUAACCUCCUUAUAGUGGUUAUUCCCCAUGAGUAAUGCUACAGGGAGCUAGACGAGAGAUACAUGAUAAUUGAUGGGCUUCUCGCUCUGGUUUUUGUUAUGAUUCCUUAGUUUAUAUUACCUCUUAUCUGCUUGGGAUAUUGAAAUGGCCUCUGGGAUAUUGAAGUACUAUCUAUCUAUCUAUCUACGGUCUGGUGUCAUUCUGUGGGGACUACUGUUUGAUUCUGAUGUAAUUCACCUGCAGAGGGACUGCUGUUUAUGUAAAUCGUAUGGGUGUUUUAACCAUAGAAAUAUAUAUAUUUUCCUCUGUGGUUUUAACACAGCGUCUUUUUGUAUGCUCUCCAAUCCUCCCAUCGUUCGAGGAGAUUCUGUUCUUUGUUGAUAGCUGUAGUCCAGCAGGCCAAAAGCCAAGAAUGGUCUGGCUUAAGCCCACUGUACUGUUCCCCAUUCAAGCUUGCAGACAGGUAAAAAAAAGAAGAUAAAUUGAAGUUCCCUGUCUACAGCCUACAGGCACAGGAUUGGUCUUGCUUCAGAGGUUUUCUGACUGCUGGGCUGCUGUCCUAUGUCUGUUGUGCUGGGCUGACUGUAUCUCAGUGUUGCCUGUUUUGCUGGAACUGCAUAAACAUUUUUGUUCAUUUUCGGUCAAGGGUGCAAGUACAGUACAUGGGCUCAUAUUAUAAGAAAAAAAUAUCUAAACAAAAUGUCACAUGGCCCAGUUCCUCUGUUUCCUCCCUGGACCUGUGCCCCUGAGACUUAUGGGUAGAGGAAUGAAUUUAAGAUCCUGUCUCUCUGUCUCAUAUCACCCAAUUCUCAGAGGAAGACAUCUGAAAGUCCUCCUUUACAAAGCUCCCUCCUUGUACCUUAUUUUACAACAAUCCCAGGAGUCAGCCUGGGCAUACUGUACAGUGAGAGCUAUACAUACCUUAUGGAUAAUACAGUAUUAUACCAUUCCUAGAAUGUAUUCAGUUCAGUUACAGUUGUAUGUUACAAUUCCUAGGAAAGCAAUCAUUCAAUGUGUUAUUUGGGUCCAGUGAUAUUUAUAGUAUUCUGUGAACAUGCUGUAUAGCCUACUAUUUAUGAACAAAUGUGCUGUUAGCUUUUUAUUGAAGGGUUACUCACAGACAGCACAGAACCCCUAUUGCUACUGUACAGUAUUUAUGGACUGUUGAAUAGCUAUUAUUUAUCAAUAUACUUGUCAAUUUAGUCAUGAACAAUCAUUGAUUUUCUGUCUUCAGGUGCCAAGUUGUGGUGGGCUGAUGACAACUUGGCCCAGUUGGGGACCAUCAGUAAGAGAGGUGGGCUGGACAUGGUGGUUUUACGCAACAAGACCACAGGGAUUGUUCAUAUGAAGAUGUAUGACAAAGACAGCCAGACAGGUAAUGCAAUGAGUAUGACUGCUACUCAAUGCUUUUACUCAGAUGAUGUCCUACCUCCUUUUAAAGCUUUGUUGGAGCCUUUUGACUAGAAAUAAAUACGUAUUUAUCCUCCAUUGAGAGUGCAGUCCUGUGUAGCUCAGUUGGUAGAGCAUGGCGCUUGCAACGCAAGGGUUGUGAGUUUGAUUCCCACGGGGGACCAGUAUGAAAUAAAGUAUAACAAUGUAUGCGCUCGCAACUGUAAGACUAACAUGUAAAUGCACUAACAUUGUUUAUUAUUGGUAUACAGUUUGGAAGUUUACAUACACCUUAGGCAAAUAGAUUUAAACUCAGUUUUUCACAAUUCCUGACAUUUAAUCCUAGUAAAAAUUCCCUGUCUUAGGUCAGUUAGGAUCACCACUUCAUUUUAAGAAUGUGAAAUGUCAGAAUAAUAGCAGAGAGAAUGAUUUAUUUCAGCUUUUAUUUAUUUCAUUACAUUCCCAGUGGGUCAGAAGUUUACAUACACUCAAUUAUUAUUUGGUAGCAUUGCCUUUAAAUUGUUUAACUUGGGUCAAACGUUUUGGGUAGCCUUCCACAAGCUUCCCACAAUAAAUUGGGUGAAUUUUGGCCCAUUCCUCCUGACAGAGCUGGUGUAACUGAGUCAGGUUUGUAGGCACACACUUUUUCAGUUCUGCCCACACAUUUUCUAUAGGAUUGAGGUCAGGGCUUUGUGAUGGCCACUUCAAUACCUUGACUUUGUUUGUCCUUAAGCCAUUUUGCCACAACAUUGGAAGUAUGCUUGGGGUCAUUGUCCAUUUGGAAGACCCCAUUUGCGACCAAGCUUUAACUUCCUGACUGAUGUCUUGAGAUGUUGCUUCAAUAUAUCCACAUAAUUUUACUUCCUCAUGAUGCCAUCUAUUUUGUGAAGUGCACCAGUCCCUCCUGCAGCAAAGCACUCCCACAGCAUGAUGCUGCCACCCCCGUGCUUCACGGUUGGGAUGGUGUUCUUCGGCUUGCAAGCAUCCCCCUUUUUCCUCCAAACAUAACAAUGGUCAUUAUGGCCAAACAGUUCUUUUUUUGUUUCAUCAGACCAGAGGACAUUUCUCCGAAAAGUACGAUCUUUGUCCCCAUGUGCAGUUGCAAACCGUAGUCUGGCUUUUUUAUGGCGGUUUUGGAGCGGUGGCUUCUUCCUUGCUGAGCAGCCUUUCAGGUUAUGUCGAUAUAGGACUCGUUUUACUGUGGAUAUAGAUACUUUUGUACCUGUUUCCUCCAGCAUCUUCACAAAGUCCUUUGCUGCUGUUUUGGGAUUGAUUUGCACUUUUUGCACCAAAGUACGUUCAUCUCUAGGAGUCAGAACGCGUCUCCUUCCUGAGCAGUAUGACGGCUGUGUGGUCCCAUGGUGUUUAUACUUGCGUACUAUUGUUUGUACCGAUGAACAUGGUACCUUCAGGCGUUUGGAAAAUAUUCCCAAGGAUGAACCAGACUUGUGGGGGUCUACGAUUAUUUUUCCUGAGGUCUUGGCUGAUUUCUUUUGAUUUUCCCAUGAUGUCAAGCGAAGAGCCACUGAGUUUGAAGGUACGCCUUGAAAUACAUCGAAAGGUACACCUCCAAUUGACUCAAAUUAUGUCAAUUAGCCUAUCAGAAGCUUCUAAAGCCAUGACAUCAUUUUCUGGAAUUUCCCAAGCUGUUUAAAGGCACAGUCAACUUAGUGUGUGUAAACUUCUGACCCACUGGAAUUGUGAUACAGUGAAUUAUAAGUGAAAUAAUCUGUCUGUAAACAAUUGUUGGAAAAAUUACUUGUGUCAUGCACAAAGUAGAUGUCCUAACCGACUUGCCAAUACUAUAGUUUGUUAACAAGAAAUGUGUGGACUGGUUGAAAAACAAGUUUUAAUGACUCCAACUGUAUAUGUAUGUUUCAGCAGAAAUUGUCAUUUUUGAAUCCAACUGACCAAAAAAAAUGGUUCUUCAUUGAGGCACAGCUUUAUUGAAAUAACACUAGGAUUCCUUGUAGCAGUUUUGUGAGUCAUUGGCAGUAUCAUCCAUUUUAUUGACAUGUCCAAUAUAAGGAUUGCUCUCGAUCUCCGUUAGUAAUAAACAUGGGAAUGAAGGUGUCUUAAAUGUAAAUCUUUAAACUUCCUCCUCAAACUUCCUCUGACCGAUUAGCUACUUCAUUUAUCUUUUUGACACAGACCACAUGGGAGUAUGGCCAUGUCUCAUUAGUCUUCUCUCUCUCCCCUUCUCCUCUUUCUCGCUCUCGCUCCCACUCUCACUCUCACUCUCACUCUCACUCUCGUCCUCUCUCUCUCUCUCUCUGUCACACACACAAUGGCAGUGCUAAUGCUUUCUUGGAAGUACUGUAAUCUCAUGAAAAGAAUCGGAACGUAAUGCAAUGCAGAUGUACUCUGUCUAACUCUGCUUAUUUCCCCCAUAAUGCUCAGUUAAAUAUUAAAACAUGUUGUUCUACUGUGUCAUUACUGUGUUGCUUCCUGAAUGAAUACACAAGCAUAUACAAUGACCAUGCCUACGUGUUAAAUGUACAAUGUAAUGUCUAAUGUACACUGUUUGUUUACAGCGUAACGUACAAUGUAACCUAACCAUGUCCCACUGCUGUGCAGGGAGGAAUCUCUGUCAGGUCAACAAUGGUGGCUGCUCUCAGCUCUGCUUCCCGACAUCAGAGAGCACACGGAGCUGUUCCUGUGCCGUGGGCUACAACCUCCACUCUGAUCGCAUGUCAUGUGAAGGUACUGUACCGGCUUCUCAUGGGAGUACAGGGAACAGGGAACACAGUAUAUUUAAACCAUGAUGUGAAUCUGAUUUGACAUGCUAUGCAGGUCCCAUAUUGGCCUUGACAUAUGGUGUUGUCUAUGAGUGUUGCUUUUUUGUGUUUGAAGGACUAGGGUCUUUCCUGAUGUGAUGUGAAGUGAAGGUUAGAAUUUAAUUGUACAUGUACAGUAGAUGCCAUAUAGUUGAUUGGUUUGGCUUUGUGUUUCAACUUGAAGGCAUAGGGUCUUUCCUGAUGUACUCGGUUCAUGAGGGCAUCAGGGGGAUAUCCCUGGAUCCCAGUGAUAACAGUGAAGCCUUGAUGCCGGUGACCGGCUCUAUGAUGGCUGUGGGGAUUGACUUCCAUGCUGGUGAGUGUAUUGACAUUGUUUUAUUGUGAUUAUUUGGACUAUUCUUCCUGCUUCGGAUUGCAAAUUAAUCACUAAUUUCAAUGUUUUAAUUGUUAUUUUUAAUUAUAGUUUGUAGAAAACAAAUGAGGGGGAGAACAUUAAUCCUUUUCAAUUAAUUGGUGUUCCUCAUAGGAAAUGAUACGUUAUAUUGGACAGACAUGGGCUUGAACAGAAUAUCCAGAGCCAAGCGAGAUCAGACGUGGAGAGAGGACAUUGUCACUAGUGGUAUCAGCCGCGUGGAGGGGAUUGCAGUGGACUGGAUUGCAAGUAAGUAGCCGAGCUCUCAAAGUAAACCUUUACAUAAGAGAAUACAAUGUAAAGUGCCAAGUAGGACAUACAAGUACAGUUGCAGUCAAAUUCAGUGCCUUCAGAAAGUAUUCAGACCCCUUGACUUUUUCCACAUUUUGUUAGGUUACAGCCUUAUUCUAAAAUGUAUAACAUUGUUUUUGUAAAAAACUGAAAUAUAACAAAAAAAAAGUGGUUAACCCACUGGCUAUAAGGUGAAUGCACCAAUUUGUAAGUCGCUCUGGAUAAGAGCGUCUGCUAAAUGACGUAAAUGUAAAUGUAAAAUAACAGUUACAUAAGUAAUCAGAUCCUUUACAUAGGUAUGCAGACCCUUUACUCAGUAGUUGUUGAAGCACCUUUGGCAGCGAUUUCAGCCUUCGAGUCUUCUUGGGUAUGACGCUACAAGCUUGGCACACCUGCUAAAAGCCGGGUUGCUGAGGGGCUGGGAGGUUACCGUUGUGGUAGGCUGCCUAAGAGACAACCCGCGGAAUUGCUCCAGCAAUGUGUUAAAUGCUCGGACAUGGCGUUCGGCCAAGGUCUGGAACUCUUCCAUGAGACCACAAAGCAACUCCUUGUGUCUUCCAAUGGUGGCUCCUUGGGAGGAGAUGGCGUUGCGGAGCUGGUCCGAGUCUGCUGGGUCAGUCAGGCCAGUUCGUACUGUCACGUUUCAGGAGAAGACCCAGAUGCAGACAGUGUCGAAGUAAUACAAGUUUAUUUCAAAAACAGGGGGCAGGCAAACGACAGGUUGAGGGCAGGCAGAGGUCAGAGUCCAAAAGGUCCAGAACGGCAGGCAGUCUCAGGGUCAGGGCAGGCAGAGGUCAAUAAUCCAGGGUGGUAUGACAAGGUACAGAACGGCAGGCAGGCUCAGGGUCAGGGCAGGCAGAAUGGUCAAAACCGGGAAAACUAGAAAACUUAAUAAAGACCGGAUGCAAGGGGAAAAACGCUGGUAGGCUUGACGAAACAAAACAAACUGGCAACAAACAGAGAACACUGGUAUAAAUACACAGGGGAUAAUGGGGAAGAUGGGCAACACCUGGAGAGGGGUGGAGACAAUCACAAAGACAGGUGAAACAGAUCAGGGUGUGACAUCUAGAGCUCUGUCAGAGUGACCAUCGGGUUCUUGGUCACCUCCCUGACCAAGGCCCUUCUCCCCCGAUUGCUCAGUUUGGCCGGGCUGCCAGCUCUAAGUCUUGGUGUUUCCAAACUUCUUCCAUUUAAGAGUGAUGGAGGCCACUGUGUUCUUGGGGACCUUCAAUGCUGCAGAAAUGUUUUGGUACCCUUCCCCAGAUCUGUGCCUCGACACAAUCCUGUCUCGGAGCUCUACGGACAAUUCCUUCGACAUCAUGGCUUGGUUUUUGCUCCAACAUGCACUGUCAACUGUGGGACCUUAUAUAGACAGGUGUGUGCCUUUCCAAAUCAUGUCCAAUCAAUUGAAUUUACCACAGGUGGACUCCAAUCAAGUUGUAGAAACAUGUCAAGGAUGAUCAAUGGAAGCAGGAUGCACCUGAGCUCAAUUUUGAGUCUCAUAGCAAAGGGUCUGAAUACUUAUGUAAAUAAGGUAUUUUUGUUGUUUAUUUGUAAUACAUUUGCAAACAUUUCUAAACCUGCUUUCGCUUUGUCAUUAUGGGGUAUUGUGUGUAGAUUGCUGAGGAUAAAAAAAAAAAAAUCAAUUUUAGAAUAAGGCUGUAUCGUAACAAAAUGUGGAAAAAGUAAAGGGGUCUGAAUACUUUCCGUAGGCACCCUUGCAAGUUUCACUAUUUCUUCUAAAAUAACUUGAAAUUAAAACAAAGUUUUUCACACAGGUAUUUGUUUGAUUUACAACUGCACAGGACCAAGAAAAAAAUAUAAAAAUCAUAUUUUUCACUUCGAAGUAUAAAAAAAAAACUGCGUUGACUAAAUUAUUCAGAAUUCUAAUUAAUUUGGUUGGAGGCAGGCGAUUCUCGUUUACAGUGUAACAUCUUACCUGUGGUAAGUUUCAGGUGGCUACAGAGUAAAAAUAGCAGUUCAACCAUAAAAAAAUAGAAAACAGAACAUUCUGCUCCAUUGCGCUCCAUUGUAAAGUGAAAGGGUGCCAAUAUAUUUGACUGCAAGUAAAAUAUAUUGGACAUACUUCUCAAGUAAGACAUACAUAAAAUGUAAUGAAUUGACUGACUUGUAAUGCAAUGGUUUAACACUGUACAAAUUCAUGUUUGUUUGUGUUGUUCACUAGGUAAUAUCUAUUGGACGGACCAUGGCUUCAACAUCAUAGAGGUUGCUCGACUCAGUGGCUUGUACCGAGCCGUGGUGAUAGCUGAAGGACUUGACCAGCCCAAAGCCAUUGCUGUGCACCCGGUGAAAGGGUGUGUACAGUCUUUCAUUUCAGUCAACACUUUAAAGUCCACCCACUUGGUAUGUAAUGAACACAUCCUAUCUGCAUAAUGUAUUCCCUAGAAAUGACCACCAAAUAACCAAUGUUUUAAUUGAUUUUGAUAGCCUGUAAUAAUGAACGUCAUAAGAUGAUCAUUACAAGAAUAUGUAGUAGAAUUAUAUAAUUACAGUGCCUUUAGAAAGUAUUCUCACCCCUUGAUUUUUUCCACGUUUUGUUAUGUUACAAAGUGGGAUUAAAAUGGAUUUAAUAGUAAUUUUUUUGUCAACAAUCUACACAAAAUACUCUAAUGUCAAAGUGGAAGAAAAUAAAAAUUUGAACGUUUAUACAAAUCAUGAAUAAUAAAACACUAAUAUGCAGUGCAUUCGGAAAGUAUUCAGACCCCUUCACUUUUUCCACAUUUUGGUACGUUACAGCCUUAUUCUAAAAUGUAUUAAAUAUGUUUUUCCUCAUCAAUCGACACACCAUGCCCCAUAAUGACAAAGUGAAAACAGGUUUUUAGAAAUGCCCUAAGUAAAAGGCACAUGACAGCCCGCUUGGAGUUUGCCAAAAGGCACUUAAAGGACUCUCAGACCAUGAGAAACAAGAUUCUCUGGUCUGAUGAAACCAAGAUUGAAUUCUUUGGCCUGAAUGCCAAGCGUCACGUCUGGAGGAAACCUGGCACCAUCCCUACGGUGAAGCAUGGUGGUGGCAGCAUCAUGCUGUGGGGAUGUUUUUCAGCGGCAGGGAUUGGGAGACUAGUCAGGAUCAAGGGAAAGAGGAACAGAACAAAGUACAGAGAGAUCCUUGAUGAAAAUCUGCUCCAGAGCACUCAGGACCUCAGACUGGGGCGAAGGUUCACCUUCCAACAGGACAACGACUCUAAGCACACAGCCAAGACAACGCAGGAGUGGCUUCGGGACAAGUCUCUGAAUGUCCUUGAGUGGCCCAGCCAGAGCCAGGACAUAGACCUGAUCGAACAUCUCUGGAGAGACCUGAAAAUAGCUGUGCAGCGACGCUCCCCAUCCAACCUGACAGAGCUUGAGAGGAUCUGCAGAGAAGAAUGGGAGAAACUCCCCAAACACAGGUGUGCCAAGCUUGUAGCGUGAUACCCAAGAAGACUUGAGGCUGUAAUCGCUGCCAAAGGUGCUUCAACAAACUACUGAGUAAAGGGUCUGAAUACUUAUGCAAAGAAACAGCCAUAUCUCAGACUGCCCAUCUUAAUCUUUUCUUUUUAUUGGCCAGUCUGAUAUAUGGCUUUUUCUUUGCAACUCUGCCUAGAAGGUCAGCAUCCCGGAGUCGCCUCUUCACUGUUGACGUUGAGACUGGUGUUUUGCGGGUACUAUUUAAUGAAGCUGCCAGUAGAGACCUGUGAGGCAUCUGUUUCUCAAAUUAGACACUCUAAUGUAUUUGUCCUCUUGCUCAGUUGUGCACCAGGGCCUCCCACUCCUCUUUCUAUUCUGGUUAGAGCCAGUUUGCGCUGUUCUGUGAAGGGAGUAGUACACAUCGUUGUACGAGAACUUCAGUUUCUUGUCAAUUUCUCGCAUGAAAUAGCCUUCAUUUCUCAGAACAAGAAUAGACUGACGAGUUUCAGAAGAAAGUUAUUUGUUUCUGGCCAUUUUGAGCCUGUAAUCGAACCCACAAUUGCUAAUGCUCCAGAUACUCAACUCCAGAUACUCAAGGCCAGUUUUAUUGCUUCUUUAAAUCAGCACAACAGUUUUCAGCUGUGCUAACAUAAUUGCAAAAGGGUUUUCUAAUGAUCAAUUAGCCUUUUUAAAAUGAUAAACUUGGAUUAGCAAACACAACGUGGACUGAUGGUUGCUGAUAAUGGGCCUCUGUACGCCUAUGUAGAUAUUCCAUUAAAAAUAAGCCAUUUCCAGCUACAAUAGCCAUUUAUAAUAUUAACAAUGUCUACAAUGUAUUUCUGAUCAAUUUGAUGUUAUUUUAAUGGACAAAGAAAUUGCUUUUCUUUCAAAAACAAGGACAUUUCUAAGUGACCCCAGUCUUUUGAACAGUAGUGUAUAUAUUCUACUUUGACAUUAUGGGGUAUUGUUGUGUAGAUCAGUGACACAAAAUAUCAAUUUAAUCCAUUUUAAAUUCAGGCUGUAACACAACAAAAUGUACAUAUGACAUCAAGCAAUUACCAGCCAAUAAAAUCUAAACACUCCACCCUUCAUCCAAAGCACACUAUAAAGUAUAAAUACAGUAUUUCCCCACUCUCUGCAUUCAUAACUGAUAGCACUGUCUCAUGUGUUCAGCUUCUCGAUCAUUAAUAAGAGGAAAAUAAAUGACAGGUCCAUUUUCCCACAUCAGCUUAGACUGCAGGGCACUUUCCUAUUGAUUCCUCCCCCUGAUGAGAGAUGCUAAUGAACCAGGAUAAGCAGCUGAGGAGAAUAGAGAUGAGUCUACUGGCACUGUGUGUGUGUGUGUGUGUGUGUGUGUGUGUGUGUGUGUGUGUGUGUGUGUGUGUGUGUGUGUGUGUGUGUGUGUGUGUGUGUGUGCCUACUGUCACAGCUUGUGCCUCACCUGCGCCGGGCUAAUUAAUGUUGUCUCUCUCUAACCCCUAUUAUUCAUAGCAUUGUAUGCAUGCAUUACCCCGAGGUCUCAUGUAGAGAGAGAUAACUUUAUGUGGCAAUCACUCUGAUUGCUUAAAUUAAAGCCAAUAUAGAAAUAUGUCAACAACUGGCCCCCUAUGGAUAUAAGAGUUUGUGUGAGGAGAUUGGAGCCAGGGCAUACUGUCAUGUUAUAUUUUAUAAUUUAUAAUUGGUGCGUUCACAGUUAGUAAGUCAUAACCGUCGGAACAUUGAUCAGCUGCACGCCUCAGUAUUAGUAUUCUGAAAGGGAGUUGAAAAUGUCUACUCCACUGUCCAUCCAUACCAGCAUUGAGUUCAGCCACCUUUAGUUGAUGCAUUGAUUCUGUUAUGGCCAUGUGAUUUAUUGCAAGCUCUGAUGCUUGAUGUAUUGCACUCUGUUUUUCUGGCUUGUGCUGUGUACAUGUUUCUUACUGACAUGCUGCUUAUUGUAUUGAUGUCAUUUCCGUCAUGAGCCUGUGUCUAAUAAUGAUGUGUUGAUGCUCCUGACAGUUCUCUCUUGAAAAAUAGAUCUUUAUCGCAACUAGACAAAAAAAAAAUGGUCUACCGAUUAUGAACAAUUCACAUUAGAUCAACCCAAAGCAUUUCCUGUCAAUGUAUGAGGUGACUGUAAAGUAUGAACAUUGUUUGGUGGUGGCUGUGAACUCUUCUUACCCUUCUGUUGUCCUCUUGGCCAGGUUUCUGUUCUGGACAGAAUGGGGCCAAAGCCCCUGCAUCGGUCGGGCCCGGCUGGACGGAUCAGACCAAGUAAUUCUUGUCAACUCUGGAAUAGCAUGGCCCAAUGGGAUCUCCAUAGACUAUGAGGUAUAUUUAAGCAAUAAGGCCCGAGGGGGUGUUGUACAGUGCCUUUGUAACGUAUUCAGACACCUUGACUUUUUCUACAUUUUGUUACAUUACAGCCUUAUUCUAAAAUGGAUUAAAUUGUUGUUGUUUUCUCAUCAAUCUACACACAAUACCCCAUAAUGACAGAGCAAAAACUGGUUUUUAGAAUUGUUUGCUAAUUUAUUAUAAAAAAACUGAAAUAUACAUUUAUGUAUGUAUUCAGACACUUUACUCAGUACUUUGUUGAAGAACCUUUAGCAGCGAUUACAGCAUCGAGUCUUCUUGGGUAUAAUGCUACAAGCUUGGCACACCUAUAUUUCGGGAGUUUCUCCCAUUCUUCUUUGCAGAUCAGGUUGGAUGGGGAGCGUUGCUGCACAGCUAUUUUCAGGUCUCUCCAGAGAUGUUCGAUCGGGUUCAAGUCUGGGCUCUGGCUGGGCCACUCAAGGACAUUCAGAGACUUGUCCCGAAGCCACUCCUGUGUUGUCUUGGCUGUGUGCUUGGGGUCGUUGUCCUGUUGGAAGGUGAACCUUCGCCCCCAGUCUGAGGUCCUGAGUGCUCUGGAGCAGAUUUUCAUCAAGGAUCUCUCUGUACUUUGCUCUGUUCAACUUUCCCUCGAUCCUGACUAGUCUCCCAGUCCCUCCCGCUGAAAAACAUCCCCACAGCAUGUUGCUACCAUCACCAUGCUUCACCGUUGGGAUGGUGCCAGGUUUUCUCCAGACGUGACGCUUGGCAUUCAGGCCAAAGAGUUCAAUCUUGGUUUCAUUAGACCAGAGAAUCUUAUUUCUCAUGAUCUGAGAGACGUUAGGUGCCUUUUGGCAAAAUCCAAGCGGGCUGUCAUGUGCCUUUUUACUGAGGAGUGGCUUCCAUCUGGCCUCUCUACCAUAAAGGCCUGAUUGGUGGAGUGCUGCAGAGAUGGUUGUCCUUCUGGAAGGUUCUCCUAUCUCCACAGAGGAACUCUAGAGCUCUGUCAGUGACCAUCGGGUUCUUGGUCACCUUCCUGGUCAAGCCCCUUCUCCCCCGACUGCUCAGAAGAAUGAUAGAGGCCACUGUGCAUUUGGGGACCUUCAAUGCUUUUUUGGUACUCUUCCCCAGAUCUGUGCCUCGACACAAUCCUGGAGCUCUACGGACAAUUCAUUCGACCUCAUGGCUUGGAUUUUGCUCUGACAUGCACUGUCAACGCGGAGUACCUGGAUACAGCCCUUAAUCGUGGUACAGUAUAUUGGCCUUUCCAAAUCAUGUCCAAUCAAUUGAAUUUACCACAGGUGGACUCCAAUCAAGUUGUAGAAACCUCUCAAGGAUAAUCAAUGGAAACAGGAUGCACCUGAGCUCAACUUCGAGUCUCAUAUCAAAGGGUCUGAAUAUUUAUGUAAAUAAGGUAUUUCUGUUUUAUUUUUAAUAAAAUUUCUAAAAACCUGUUUUCACUUUGUCAUUAUAGGGAAUUGCGUGUAGAUUGCUAAGUAAUGUUUUUUAUUUAAUACAUUUUAGAUUAAGGCUGUAACGUAACAAAAUGUGGAAAAAGUCAAGGGGCUGUUCUUAAGCAUGACGCAACGCGGAGUACCUGGAUACAGCCCUUAAUCGUGGUACAGUAUAUUGGCCAUAUAUCACAAACUCCCUGAGGUGCGUUAUUGCUAUUAUAAACUGGUUACCAACGUAAUUAGAACAGUAAACAGUAUUUUUUGUCAUACCCAUGGUAUACGGUCUGAUAUACCACGGCUGUCAGCCAAUCAGCAUUCAGGGCUCGAACCACCCAGAUAAUAAAAUAGAAUAAUUAAUGCCAUUUAGCAGAUGCUUUUAUCCAAAACAACUUAUAUACGGUCAUCUCCAAAGUUAUUGGCAUCCUUGAUAAAAAUAAGCAAAAAAGACUGUUUAAAAUAAAUAAUACAAAUACCGAGCUUUAUUAUAUGCUCAAUUGUUAGUAUUUUUUAUUAUUAUUUCAAAGUAAUACAGAUGCUCAGAGAAAUACAUUUUGUUGAACAAGUUUUUUUAUUUUUUUCCUUAAAAAGAUAGGUGUCAAAAUGAUUGGCAAUCAGUGGGUGCAGGCAUUGUAGUGUUCUGACCCGAGCAGGAAUCGAAUCCAUGACGUUGAUGUUGCUAGCUCCACACUCUUACCCACUGAGCCAAACAGGAGGACCAGGUGUUUUUUGGGCCCCCAGAGUGCACACACAGUACUUUAGCCUACCUGUGAUCCUCCUGGCUGAAGUGGCAUUACACUCUGCUUUGUGUUAUCUUUUUAUAAGGAUACUCUCCCACCGUGAUAUACCUCAAGUUUAUUUUCUCCACAUUGUAUUCUAGGAAAAUAAAUUAUAUUGGUGCGAUGCCCGCGCCGACAAGAUAGAGCGGAUCAGCCUUGAGAGCGGAGAGGGCCGGGAGAUAGUACUGUCAUCUUCAGCCAGCAAUGCAGCAGAUCUGUUUUCAAUGGCCGUCUAUGGGGCUUACAUAUACUGGGCUGACAGGUAAUUUAUUAUUCCAUAAAUGUUACAGUACAGAACAGUCUCGCCAAACAGGCUCCAUAGAAGCCUUCGUCAGCUGCUCUACCCUUGUUGGAUUAACCACCUGCACCACAAGGUCACUUUAAAUACUAUAAUAAUUGACAGAGAAAAGGGCAGAAAAAUGUGAAAAGACACCUUCUCUCUAUUUAAAUUGUGCGUACCUACCUCAAUGUCGUCCACAAGGGUAGCUAGGUCCCGUCACCUUCUGUCAGACCAGCUGUCUAGCAUAUUUUAGCUUCUGUCUAGUGUAUUUUAAUGAGUUAUUCUGUUUUAAUUAGUCGAGGGCCAUUGAUUAUCCCCGUGUCAAACUUCCUGUUACCUGGUGUCAAACUCCCUCCUCUUCCUGUUGUGUGUGUGUGUGUGCAUGUGUGCGUGCGUAGGGCUCAUGCCAACGGCUCCAUUCGCCGAGGCGUCAAGAGUUAUGCAACAGAGGGAGCCAUGACUCUGAGGAGUGGCCUGGGGGUCAACCUGAACGAUGUCAAAGUCUUUAACCGAGGACGGGAGAAAGGUUGAGGUUUCAACUUCGUUAUCACAUCCUUAUUAUUUCAUGUUUCUUACCAGGCUGUCAGGACCUGUUGUUAAGUGUUCUAGAAUCGACCUGAGAUUAAAGGGCCAAUCAGCUGUUGAAACAAUAACAACGUUCUUCCCAUCACAUCAUCAUCAUCUGUUUCAGUAAAAAGCUGAGGGAUGGGGCUAGAAAAAUGUAAUCACUCUCAAAUUCAUAAACAGAGCUAUGGAUGCAAGGACUGACCAUCCAUGAUAUCAAAAUGAUAGUUUAAACCAUGGUGUGUUUACAUUUACUUCGUUUACAAACAUUGGAAUACAAUACGCUUAUAUUUUGGGUUCUGUUGGGGUACAACAGUUAAACUAAGCUCAUGAGGCAUUUAUUUAUAGGUUAUAUUCUUCAAGAAUCAAUAGGUACAAAUAAUGUCCAAAAAUGGAUGCAGCAACUGCUUAUUGCCCCUUUAAUGUGAAGGUAUUGAAACCUAAUAUCUGAAUAUUGACUAACAUUGAUACUGCAAUAUCAUUGCAACUUCAUAAUGGAAUCUUAUUCCUUAUGGUCAAAACAAUACAUUUCAGAUUGAUAGCCAAUGAGACUGUGGAGAACCUGACUUGACCCUGUGUUGACCUCUGACCUUUGACCCUGCUGUUGACUUCCCUACAGGAACCAACCCGUGCGGCCAGAACAACGGAGGCUGCCAUCAGCUGUGUUUCCACCAGGGCAGUGGGAGGAGGACGUGUUCCUGUGCUCACGGCUACUUGGCUAAAGGUAAUCAGUGAUCUUUUGUAUGUUUAUGUUCAUUUAUUCAUCUCUUUUAUUGCCUCUUGUUUGCUUUUUAUUCUUUUAAUUUAUAUAAUUGUUUUACUGUUAAGUGUGUAGCGAUUUUAAAUGCAUUUUAAAGUUUGAUCUUAUUUUUUAAUUUUUUUCACAUCAAAUGUUUAUUAUUUCAAUUAAUCACAGUUUCAAGGGUUCAAUUAGAUAAUCAUUGUCAUUUGAUUAGACGGUCUCAACUGUCACCAGUACGAUGGCUACCUUCUCUACUCUGAGAGGUCGGUCCUGAGGAGCAUCCACCUAUCAGACGACAGCGACCUCAACUCUCCCAUCAGGCCCUAUGAGAACCCUGCCUACUUCAAGAAUGUGAUAGCGCUGGCCUUUCAUCACCAACAACAGAACUCUGGAGGCACCAACCGGAUUUUCUAUAGUGACGUUCACUUUGGGAAUAUACAGGUUGUCAAUGAUGACUGGACUGGACGGAGAGUGAUCGUUGAGAGUAAGUUCACUUUGAUAAAGUGUGGUAUUUGUUUGUCUGCUCAUUUAUCCAUUACUAAAUGGAUUACUAACAGCUCUGAGUUAGAAAAGCUGAAAACGUUUUGUUUAUCAUAUCUACAGAUGUAGGAUCUUAAUUUGAGCCAAUUUCCUACAGCAGGAAAAUAAUCAUGCAGCAACAGGAAAUGUGAAUAAUAAUGUGGAUUAUAAUAUUGUAGGGGUUAAAAUAAAUUUUUCGUUAGGGCAAAUCAAGUCUGAAAUUUCAAAGUGUAAAUGACAAAAUUUUAAAGCCUUUUUAAACCUCAAAUAUUGCUGUGCAGGAAAAUUCUCAGCAACAAAAGAGUGAUCAAAUUAAGAUCCUACAUCUGUAGCAAAACUCAACGGGGGAAGUGGAAAUCCCUGUAGAAUGUACGUGCAUCCUUUUCUCACCUCCUUUCACAUUGAAUGCGUUCAUUAUUUUAUUUCUGCACCUUAGCUUCCUCCCUGCCUUUAGAAAGAUGAGAGAGAAGACUGAUGAGCAAGUAAAGCUGCUGUUUCAAGUAGUGAACAUUUCUUUCCCACAAUUUCAAAGGUCUUCAACUUUCCAUUGACAAGAGCUCAAACUGUUACUUGGAGUGUGAAACCAGAGGGAUCCCACAUAAUCUCACUGCCUUUCAUGUACCACUGAUGUCAACAUUUAGAGACCGACUCAAGCCUCUUUUGUACGUCUGACAGAAACUCAGAUCUUUUGCCAUUUCUAUUGCUUUCAUUUUGUUGCUGAUAGAAGUAGCAAAACUAUCAAAGACUGCAUUGUACAGCAAGAUGAGAUGUCAGUUGAAAUGAUUUUAGAAGUGAUACAUUACAUGUUAUCUAGUUCUACUGGAGUUGUAGAUGAUGAAAGGAAUCCUAUAUAGAGAAGCUUUAGGUGUAUUAAUAUAAUAAUGUAAUGACCCAGCUGGGUCAUAAAGGAAAAGAAAGACGGGCACCAGGUGUACAGGGCAGAACACAGGUUUAUUCCUAAAUGGGCUAUUGUUCAGGCCACAGCCCACGCCGCUAAAUCCCGAACGUACACAAAUAUAACAUGUCAAGUUAAGGGUCCCGAACAGAAGAGGGGGAGACGAGACAGUAACCCCUAUUUAUGCAUUUCAAAACCCUUACCCAUCAUACCCCCCCAACCUUUCCAUCUGUCCUGGUAUAUUUAACCCCUUCUAGCACCCAUGAGAACAAUAACACACCCACGAACACAGAACACAAUACCGGGUCGUUACAAUAAUAUUGUAUAUGCCAUUUAGCAGACACUUUUAUCCAAAGACUUAGUCAUGCGUGCAUACAUUUUAUGUAUGGGUGGUCCCGGGAAGCGAACCCACUAUCCUGGUGUUGCAAGUGCCAUGCUCCACCAACUGAGCUAGAGAGUACCAGAAUUUGGUGUAGGUGUAUAAAAGGGUUGGCCUGAGGCUUGUGCUGUGAGGAGUGGGCGUGUUAGUUGGUAUUGGCAUUUUGAUCCGUCUUCGUUUGCAGCCAACUGUAAUAGGUGAUGGAUGGCAAACAGGAAGUGAUGUGAUGACACCUUCUGUCCCCACUGUAAAUCACUCCACAGAAACUUCAAACACUACAGACACGUUCAAUCAGUUCCACCAUAACAUAUUACCUGAUCUAUUCACACUGUCAGGGACAGUUGACUACUACUGGCAUUUCCUCUGGCUUUUUUCCGACCUUCUAAUGCAAAUUCCUUCCAACAAUCAUCAAAGAAGACAAAAUAUAUGUAUUUCAUUUCUGUUUCUUUCAGAUGUACAAACAUGAGAAAUAGAUGAAAAUAGCAUAUUAAUAGACAACCAUGACACCUAGAACAACAGGAAAACAGUCUUAUUAUUCUAUAAAAUGUUUGAGCCCAGACAGAUAAAUACUGUGAUUAAAUACACUACAUGACCAAAAGUAUGUGGACAUCUGCUCGUCGGACAUCUCAUUCCAAAAUCAUGGGCAUUAAUAUGGAGUUGGUCCCCACUUUGCCGCUAUAACAGCCUCCACGCUUCUGGGAAGGCUUUGCACUAGAUGUUGGAAAAUUGCUGCGGGGACUUGCUUCCAUUCAGCCACAAGAGCAUUAGUGAGGUUGGGCACUGAUGUUGGACAAUUAGGCCUGGCUUGCAGUCAGCGUUCCAAUUCAUCCCAAAGGUGUUCGAUGGGGUUGAGGUCAGGGCUCUGUGGAGGCCAGUCAAGUUCUUCCACACAGAUCUCGACAAACCAUUUCUGUAUGGACCUUGCUUUGUGCAUGGGGACAUUUUCAUGCUGAAACAGGAAAGGGCCUGCCCCAUUCUGUUGUCACAAAGUUGGAAGCACAGAAUCAUCUAGAAUGUCAUUGUAUGCUGUAGCGUUAAGAUUUCCCUUCACUGGAACUAAGGGGCCUAGCCCGAACUAUGAAAAACAGCCCCAGACCAUUAUUCCUCCUCCACCAAACUUUAGUUGGCACUAUGCAUUCGGGUAGGUAGCGUUCUCCUGGCAUACCAGAUUUGUCCGUCGGACUGCCAGAUGGUGAAGCGUGAUUCAUCACUCUAGAGAACGCGUUUCCACUGCUCCAGAGUCCAGUGGCGGCGAGCUUUACAGCACUCCAGCCGAUGCUUGGCAUAGCACAUGGUGAUCUUAGGCUUGUGUGCAGCUGCUCGACCAUGGAGACCCAUUUCAUGAAGCUCCCGACGAACAGUUAUUGUGCUGACGUUGCUUCCAGGGGCAGUUUGUAACUCAGUAGUGAGUGUAGCAACCGAGGACAGACGAUUUUUACGCGCUUCAGCACUUGGCGGUCCCGUUCUGUGAGCUUGUGUGCCUUCCACUUCACAGCUGAGCCGUUGUUGCUCCAAGGCUUUUCCACUUCACAAUAACAGCACUUACAGUUGACCGGGGCAGCUCUAGCAGGUCAGAAAUUUGACGAACUGACUUGUUGGAAAGGUGGCAUCGUAUGACGGAGCCUAUAUGACUAUAUAACUAUAUGACGCUGGAGCCUAUAUGCGAACCGAACGUUGGAAAGACAUUCGUUUGAAAAACGAGAAAAAAACAGCAAUAGUAAUGUUUGUCCAUAUUGAGACGCUGUAGUCAGAAUGAAUCUAAGAUAACUCAGAAUCUGUCAUUCAUUUUGAAGUUUUUCCCGAGCAGAUCUUAGUCGCACAAUUUUACAUGUUGUUUGGUGCAGUAUUUCUCAAUGAAAAAAUGUGCAUGAGAACGAGUCGUCUCUCAUUGAAUGACAACAAACACUUUGAAGAAUCCGUACUGUUGACCAAUCACCGACAAAGGAGCGUAGACUUCGGCUACCGACUUCGACUAGAAAAAAUGUGUGCACGAACAGCCGAAGACCAAAACGAACAACAAGUCGCUAAAUGUCAUCAUAAUAUACAGCAUGCACAAACUGUUCCCAACUGUUUUGGAUGGGAAGCAUAAGGACGCCUUUACUCUCUUCCUAUAUAGAUAUAUAGUGAAUAUCAAUGCUAAUAGAUGAAUAUGACAUUUCUACUGUAUGUCCAUCUGAUACAGUGUUUUAGGAAGAAUCAGCUGAACACACAGACACAGAGGCCUCGGAGGUGUUGCAGUAAAGUUCCCUAAUGCACAUAGACAGCACAUCCCCAUCACCCCAUAGCCCCUGGAGCUUCUGUACAGUAGGCUAGGCUCCAUGCUGACUUGGCUCAAAUACAUCUGACUGACCAGAAACGUGGAAGGAAGAUCCAUCUAAAUAACUCAGGAGGUUGGAUGUUGGAGAGGGAAGGGAAUAAUGGGUGUGCUUAUAGGAGGCUAGCUCAUGGAGAAAGCACCAACACUAUUCCCAUACAAAAUAAUGAUUAACGAAUAUGAUAAUUAAGUAUCUCCUAAAAUAAUAUUUUUGUCAUCCAUAUAGGCCUAUGUUCAAACAAGUGUGUGAUAUUACGCUAGUUGCAGAAUCUAUUCUGAAUACAUUUGGGCAGAUGAAGAGAAUAUGAUUUUUAUUUUUCAGUUGUUUGUUGAAAGAUUUCUUAGUGGUGUUGCCUGUUUGUAUACUGGCUGUAUUCUCAAUUAUUUAUAUUACUUUUUUUACUGGUAGCGAAUGUUGAUUUGUAUGUCCUAGUUUGUGCUAUUGUCCUGUCUGAAUGUAAAACAGUGAGCAGCUGUUACAUGGCACCGCAGUCUUCUAUUGCUCAUCUCUUAGCACAGUGGGACAUCUUUCUACCUGCCUAGGCUUGUUAGGUUCCGUUCAAAUGAGUUUGGCAUUGAUUGAUCUUUUAGGAAGAAACACUACUGGUCGGUACGGCAAAAUGUGAAAUAAUGGGAUAUAUUCACAGGGAUAUCCAGGUGUAUCCCGAUGAAGGUUAUCCACAUUCAGACCCAACCAGUUUAAAAUCAAAGUAUUCACAGAGAGUGUAAGGGCUAUUUGACCAAGAAGGAGAGUGAUGGUGUGCUGCAUCAGAUGACCUGGCCUCCACAAUAACCCGACCUCAACCCUAUUGAGAUGGUUUGGGAUGAGUUGGACCGCGGAGUGAAGGAAAAGCAGCCAACAAGUGCUCAGCAUAUGUGGGAACUCCUUCAUGAAGCUGGAUGAGAGAAUGCCAAGAGUGUGCAAAGCUGUCAUGAAGGCAAAGGGUGGCUACUUUGAAAAAUCUAAAAUAUAUUUUGAUUUGUUUAACACUUUUUUGGUUACUACAUGAUUCCAUAUGUGUUAUUUCAUAGUUUUGAGGUCUUCACUAUUAUUCUACAAUGUAGAAAAUAGUAAAAAUAAAGAAAAACCCUUGAAUGAGUAGGUGUGUCCAAACGUUUGACUUGUACUGUAUAUACAGUGGGGGAAAAAAGUAUUUAGUCAGCCACCAAUUGUGCAAGUUAUCCCACUUAAUAAGAUGAGAGAGGCCUGUAAUUUUCAUCAUAGGUACACGUCAACUAUGACAGACAAAUUGAGGAAAAAAAAUCCAGAAAAUCACAUUGUAGGAUUUUUAAUGAAUUUAUUUGCAAAUUAUGGUGGAAAAUAAGUAUUUGGUCACCUACAAACAAGCAAGAUUUCUGGCUCUCACAGACCUGUAACUUUUUCUUUAAGAGGCUCCUCUGUCCUCCACUCGUUACCUGAAUUAAUGGCACCUGUUUGAACUUGUUAUCAGUAUAAAAGACACCUGUACACAACCUCAAACAGUCACACUCCAAACUCCACUAUGGCCAAGACCAAAGAGCUGUCAAAGGACACCAGAAACAAAAUUAUAGACGUGCACCAGGCUGGGAAGACUGAAUCUGCAAUAGGUAAGCAGCUUGGUUUGAAGAAAUCAACUGUAUAUACCACGGCUAACCACGUCUCACUCCGCGUUACAUCGUGCCUAAGAACAGCCCUUAGCCAUGGUAUAUUGGCAUAUACCACACCCCCUCGUGCCUUAUUGCUUAAUUAUACCAGUGUUAUUGUUCCUGUGUAGAUGUGGGGUCAGUGGAGGGCCUAGCGUACCAUGGAGCCUGGGACUCGCUUUACUGGACCAGCUCGACCACAGCCACCAUCAGCAGGCACAGCCUGGACCAGAGGCUCCCCGGGGCCAUCACCAGAGAGGCUGUGGUCACACUGGCAGAGGACGACCACCCACAUAACCUGGCUCUGGAGGAGUGUCAGAAGUAGGUGUUAAACCUUCAUUGCUCCUAAUGUCUUAUACAGGCCCUUAAUGGCCUACAGUAGAUGUUCACUUGGGUAUAUUUUUACAUUUGUAAAUUUUUUGUCAUUUAGCAGACGCUCUUAUCCAGAGCGACUUACAGUUAGUGAGUGCAUACAUUUUUCAUACUGGGUUGUGUUAUGUACUGAGUUAGUAAAUCUGUUGAAAACUUCUGCAAUCAGGGGAAUGAGGUUUGUAACUGCUCUGGGGGAAUGUCAGAAGUGUUCUAUCGUCAUUCCUUACUGAUCCUAAUGUCUUUUAUGUUUUCUUUGCCUCCCUUCUAUCCUCUACUUUCAUUCACAAGAACACGAGGCUGUCUUAAAAAUGUGACUAAAUCAUUUUGCUUUAGAAUGUGAGGAUAGAAACGUGUUCAUAUCUUUAGAAAAUAGAGAUAGAAAAAAGUGUAUCCGCUUUUUCCUGGAAACAUGUUUCUUUUGAAUGGAAAUACAUCAUUCAGUGUAGACGUUGAUGGAUGUUUACAAUGCAGUAUAUUGAAUGGAGAUGCAUCCCAUCCGUUUGCUUCUGUGAAAGUCUCAAUAUAGUUUUUGUUUUCACUGCUGAUGCAGCCUGAUGUUCUGGACUAACUGGAAUGAACAGCACCCCAGCAUUAUGAGGUCCACCCUGUCAGGAAACAAUAUCCAGAGUAUUGUCACCACAGACAUCCUCACACCUAAUGGACUCACCAUCGACCAUACCGCCGAGAAACUCUUCUUCUCCGAUGGCAGUCUGGGAAAGAUUGAACGAUGUGAAUAUGAUGGCUCACACAGAUUUGUAAGGAGAAAAAAUGUGUAUAUAUAUAUAUAUAUAUAUAUAUACUGUAUGUUAUUCUGAAUAGAAUGAUUAAGUCAUAUAUUGUACACUCUUAGAAAAAAAGGUGCUAUCUAGAACCUUAAAGGGUUCUUCGGCUGUCCCAAUAGGAAAACCCUUUGAAGAACCCUUCAUGGUUGCUUGUAGAACCCCAUUGUCUUCUUCCGUUCAUUCUGUAGGUGAUUGUGAAGUCAGGUCCAGGAACCUUCUUUGGCCUGGCUAUCUAUGGGAACUUCCUGUUCUGGUCUGAUUGGGUACGGAGGGCGGUGGUACGCUCCAAUAAGUACACAGGUGGUGACAUGAAGGUCCUCAGAGCCGACAUCCCCCACCAGCCAAUGGGAAUUGUUGCAGUUUCCAACAAUACCAACAAUUGUAAGUGAAUUCUAUACAGUACAUCAAAGCAAAACUCACUUGUUUUGGUACGGAGUCUUCUAUACAUUGUCUAAAAUAUACACACAAAAUGUGGUAUUUUGAGAGUAGACUAUUUUGUAAUUGUAUGUGAUAAAAUGUAACUGCAGCCUGUGAUGGUUUGCCUUUGGUUACAACCCAGUGUAGCUGAGUUUGACCAUUUGGCAUGAACAUUAUACAAAACUUACUAUAGCCCCAUUUACCCUCCCCGAUUAAUUACCACUCAAUGUAAAUCUGUUAUUGAAGAAAUAACCUAAAAAACCCCAACCUCCAGUGCCACAGGCUACCCCAUGUUGCCUGGCCUGUGCUUCAACAGAACUAAAGCUUGGCAUAGUGCAGUCAGCUGAAUCUAUACCAUUCGAGCAGAGAAAUCCUCUCUCUCUCUCUCUCUCUCUCUCUCUCUCUCUCUCUCUCUCUCUCUCUCUCUCUCUCUCUCUCUCUCUCUCUCUCUCUCUCUCUCUCUCUCUCUCUCUCUCUCUCUCUCUCUCUCUCUCUCUCUCCUGGAGUAACUGUAAUGAGCAGACGUGUGGGUAUUAAGGGGGCAGCAUGAUGGCAUGGUUUAUAGCUUACCUCUCCAUACCGCUGUCCGAGCCAAACACAGUUCAAAGAGGGUCCCCAACGGAGACCGUCUACCUUUCUACCACAACACUGCCCUUGAAAAGUUUUCAGUGCUUGAUUUCAAAUAUUUGGAAGCUGAAACUCUUUAUUGGAGGCACUGCAAGAAGGAAGUAAAGCAUGGCUUUUGGAUUUGAUUUUUUUUUUAUCAAUACACUUUCCUGUUUAUUUGGAGGUUGAUGUGUGUUUUCUGUAACAUGAUGUACUACAGUACCCAUAAUGCUCUGUUUUUCCAGGUGAACUGUCCCUUUGCACAGUGCUGAAUGGUGGAUGUCAUGACCUUUGUCUUCUGACCCCUCACGGCACGGUCAACUGUAGCUGCAGAGGAGAGAGACUACUACUGGAAGAUAACAGAUGUGUAUGUAAGUCUAGCACUUUGUCUUUUCCCCUCUAAUUCAUUGGUAAACACCAUCCGGCUCGAAGGACCAUGUAAAAGUAUUGCUAGUAGACAAUAGGCAUCUGACAAUAGUCAUCUGAAAAUAGUCAUCUGACAGUGCUACUGUCAGAUUAAGCAAUGUGAGGGGCUGGGAGGGAUAUAGCAGAAAACAGACCCUUCUGUUUGGACAAAGAAUCAAUCAGAAAAUAUUGAUUUUCUCUUAUUUUUGCAGCUGAGAACUCCUCCUGCAACAUCCACACUGAGUUUGAGUGUGGGAACGGGGAGUGUAUCGACUAUCAGCUGACAUGCGACGGAAUAGCUCACUGCAAAGACAAGUCUGAUGAGAAAAUGCAAUACUGUGGUAAGUAAGCACCCAAUAUGUGUUACUGUACUAGUUCACCAGUGCUCAGAUGAAAAUUACUACCAGCUCCCUACCAAGCCCCCCGGGGCUCUUGUCCAAUAGAAUGAGUUCAGACUCGCUCACUUCCUGAAAUCCAUGAAGGAGAAGAGGAACAGUAUUAAAGUGUCUUUCAUGUAAUUUCUUUGGUCGAAUCUCUUCCUAAAGUGUCUUUUUAUUGCUUUCGUUUUUCUUCCUCUCCCUCUUUUCUCCUCUUCCUCUCUUACAGAUAACAGAAACUGUAGACGGGGCUUCAAGAGCUGCUAUAACCAGCGCUGUGUGGCCAAUAGACGGGUUUGUGACGGGGUCAACGACUGUGGAGAUAAUUCCGACGAGGUUUAUUGUAACAGUGAGUAAUAAGAAUCUGAAUUUAAAUGCCCAGUCCGACAGACAACAUAAUCUGUACUACAUUAUUACAGUAUAAACAAAAAAAAUAGCUUUAGGGUGAACUACUGUCUUUCCUAUUAGAUUUCAUAGAGGAACAUUUCUCCAAGCAAGGAUAAUAUUAUCUAGUCUUUCUAUUAUCUCUUUCUAAUCCACCUGACGAUGAACCAAAGAGAUGGAUUUCAAAUACAACAUAUUUCUACCCCUCCUUUCUUAAUCUUUUUCUUUUCUGACCUGUAUUUUCUCUUCAGAUUCCACAUGCUCUCCCUCAGACUGGCGUUGUCUAAACGGGGUUUGUAUUCCGGCCUCGGCCCGCUGCAAUCAGAUCAUCGACUGUCCCGACGCCUCAGAUGAGAAGAACUGCAGUAAGAUAAGCCUUUGUUAAAGCGCCAUACUGUGUCUUUUUUAAGGCAACACACUAUCUUUGUUAAGGCGCUACACUGUAUCUUUCUAAGGUGCUACAACGUUGCCAACGUAGCUUUUCCACGUAGCUGGUCUGUAGGCUAGCCUGAUCGUGUGUUAUUAAUGUUAGAUAAUAAAAAAAGAAGGAAGGUCCGCACCUCGGAAUUUGAAGUUAUUUUUCAUUGUUAUUAAUGUCAGGACACUACACUAUUAUAGAUAAGACAAUGUAUAGCCAAGAAUAUCAAUCCCUAACCUUAGCCUUUGGAUAUGCCGGUCGAAUGCUCACUUCCUCUAGGCAACACAGGCUGCUUGGAUUACUACAAGCUGGGGGUGAAGGAGACAGUGUUCGUCAGCUGCAACUCUACCUCCCUCUGUGUCCACCCCUCCUGGAUAUGUGAUGGAGCCAACGACUGUGGGGAUUAUGCAGAUGAAACCAACUGCUGGAGUAUGUUUUUUUCCUUCCUUUUUUUCUGAUCUGUGACGCUAGUUCUGUCGUCUACUGUUGAUGUGGUCGUGUACCAGACAGACACCAGGCCUAGUGGAAUGCAUUUUAAGAUUACAUUUGAAAUAGUCAUUUGAAAAUAGUCGGCCUCAUAGUUUAUGUUCUGACUGUAUCUUGGCUUCUGGUUUCUCCCCAGCUCCUUCCCUCAGAAAGAGAUGUGAGGAAGGCCAUUUUGCUUGCCCCAGUGGAAACUGCAUCCACACUGUCUGGCUGUGUGACGGAGUGAAAGACUGUGAAGAUGGAGCAGAUGAAUUCCAGUGUGGUAUGAUAUCAUACAUAUUUAUUUCUAUAAUAUUUAUUUACAUUACAUUUAUUUCAGCAAGCACAUUGCACUGAUUUGUUUCCACUGACACUGAUGAGAGAGAGAGUCUAAAUUAUUCCAAUUAGGAACGGUUGGAUCAUUAUGUUGUAGGGUACAUCCUGCAUGAAAUGUUGACAUACAGUGAGGGAAAAAAGUAUUUGAUCCCCUGCUGAUUUUGUAUGUUUGCCCACUGACAAAGAAAUGAUCAGUCUAUAAUUUUAAUGGUAGGUUUAUUUGAACAGUGAGAGACAGAAUAACAACAAAAUAAUCCAGAAAAACGCAUGAAAGAAAUGUUAUAAAUUGAUUUGCAUUUUAAUGAGGGAAAUAAGUAUUUGACCCCCUCUGAAUCAGAAAGAUUUCUGGCUCCCAGGUGUCUUUUAUACAGGUAACGAGCUCUUAAAGGGAGUGCUCCUAAUCUCAGCUUGUUACCUGUAUAAAAGACACCUGUCCUACUGAGGAAUAAUGACGGGAGGAGAUGUUUCACUCCUGCUAUUGGUUCUUCAGCGCAGAGCAGUGGACUAUGUUGUUGUAACCCAAACAGAAUAGCAAUAACAAAUAUCCUAUUUCUAUUUGUUGUGGAUUUUGUUGUUCUUGUGAUUUUUUUAAGUCCCUCUGGGCAGCAAUGCUCAUCGUCUGUGUAUUUGAAUGAGUCCCAGCCAGUAGCGGUUGGAUACACACACAGUGUUGUUGGUGCCCGCUGUUUGUGUGGCUAGUUCACAAUGACCUUGUCCAUACAGCCACACAAUCAUUGUUAAUGGUUGCUCUCUGGCUGCCCAAGGAGCAAAGGAAGCAGCUCCACAGUGUCAUUAUAAAAUUUAUGUGGAAUGGAAACAAAUAAACAAACAGACAAUUAUUAUCCAUCUCCCUCUCUCAUCUCCCUCUCUCUCUCUCUCUCUCUCUCUCUCUCUCUCUCUCUCUCUCUCUCUCUCUCUCUCUCUCUCUCUCUCUCUCUCUCUCUCUGCUUGCUGAGGCUGAAUUAUUUUUACCUCACUUGGCACUCCUUCACUCCUUUGUACAUGGUUAGAAUGUAAGACAAGCAUUACCUUGAAAGUGCUUACGACUGAGGGAAUGGUUUUGCAAUGUUGGUGUAUCUAAUUUCACAGAUGACAUUGAUAUAGUGAUACAACGUUCCACCUGCAUUAGAAUAGAGAUUCGCUUCAAAAUUGUUUACCUUCACCUCCAUAUGUAAUAUUAUUUUCUUCACCUUUUCUGUACAAAGGCCUACCUUCUUUCUUGCACAGAAAAGUAUGUGACUGGGGUACAAUUUCACAUUACUCUAUAACCUGGGGCCAUUGGAUUUGCGCACCUACACUGCCGUACUAAAUCAUUAAUUUAUCACUGCUCUCUACAUGGUUAAUUGUGAAGAUGUUUACAUGCUUCCUGUCCCAAUGAAAUACCAUAUAAUAUGUUAUAUUUCAUUCUGUCUAGACUUGUCCUGCCUGUGGAACCAAUUUGCCUGCUCUAAGAACAAGUGCAUAGCCAAGCAGUGGCUUUGUGACGGAGAGGACGACUGUGGGGAUGGACUGGACGAGAGCGCAGAGAUCUGUGGUAUAAAUACACGCCUGAAUUUAUUUACAUUAUGUUGACUCAAAUGUGUUUAUUCUCAGAGAGAAUGUAGAGAACAGCCAUAAAUCAACAUCAAAGUGACAUAUAUUUGAAAUUUUAUGAGAUACGUCAUUGGUGGAGAUAUAUGGAUGAGCAAUGUGCUACAAACAGAGAUAUGGAUUUGAUGUUUUUCAGUAAUAUUUGCACAGACUCUUCAGAAAGUCUUGUGAAUAUCUAUAUUUCUAGUACUGUAAUUGUGCAGAUUCUGUAGUCUGAGUGCCAGUCUCUUUCAGCUCUCUUGCCAUAUCCUUGUCACUCAUUGUUAUACCAAACAUGUUUGGCAUGACAAUUCCUUAUGGAGUUGGCAAGAGAGCUGAAACAGAUUGGCACUCAGGCUAAAGAUUCUUCAGUUCAGUAAAAUAAUAUUUUGACCACGACUCCUAUUGUACAUAUCCAGGUACGGCUACCUGUGGCCCAGGGUUGUUUAGUUGCCCAGAGUCGUACGCCUGCGUCCCCAAACACUGGCUUUGUGAUGGGGAGAGGGACUGUCCAGAUGGGAGUGAUGAGCUCUCUGCUGCUGGCUGUGGUAAUAUUAUUGUUCUGAAGUUCUCCAACAAAAGUCACAGUCAUAGUGUAGUCACUCCCUUUUCUAAAGCACAUAUGUCUCAAUAUGUGUCUGACAGUGUAUUCCGAGCCCCUUUUUCUAAAGUUCAAAUGUCUCGAUACAUGUUUGUCAUAGUGUAUUGUCCUCUGAAGGCCUCCGACCCGAAAGCACACAGACAGAGUUUAGUCACUCAGAAUCCCUUUUGUAAAGCACAAAUGUCUCAAUACAUGUUUGUCAUAGUGUAUUGUCCUCUGAAGGCCUCCGAACCGAAAGCACACAGACAUAAUUUAGUCCCAUUUGUAAAGCAAAAAUGUCUCAUUACAUUUCUGUCAUUGUUUAUUCAGAAUCCCUAUUGUAAAGCAGAAAUUACUCAAUAUAUUUCUGUUAUAAUUUUUUAAAAAAAGUAAAAUCGCCCUUCCAUCUUCUACAGUACUGUAAAAACACAUUUCACCUUGAUGCACAUACACUACAUGGCCAAAAGUAUGUGGACACUUGCUCGUCGAACAUCUCAUUCCAAAAUUAUGGGCAUUAAUAUGGAGUUUGUCCCCCCUUUGCUGCUAUAACAGCCUCCACUCUUCUGGGAAGGGUCUCCACUAGAUGUUGGAACAUUGCUCCGGGGACUUGCUUCUGUUCAGCCACGAGCAUUAGUGAGGUCGGGCACUGAUGUUGGGCGAUUAGGCCUGGCUCGCAAUCGGCGUUCCAAUUCAUGCCAAAGGUAUUCGAUGGGGUUUAGGUCAGGGCUCUGUGCAGGCCAGUCAAGUUAUUCCACACCGAUCUCGACAAACCAUUUCAGAAUGGACCUCGCUUUGUGCAUGGGGGCAUUGUCAUGCCUUCCCCAAAUCGUUCUCCUGGUAUCCGCUAAACCCAGAUUCGUCCGUCAGACUGACAGAUGGUGAAGCAUGAUUCAUCGCUCCAGAGAACGCGCUUCCACUGCUCCAGAGUCCAAUGGCAGCGAGCUUUACACCACUCCAGCCGACGCUUGGCAUUGCGCAUAGUGAUUAGGCUUGUGUGCGGCUGUUCGGCCAUGUAAACCCAUUUCAUGAAGCUCCCGACGAACAGUUAUUGUGCUGACGAUGCUUCCAGAGGCAGUUUGGAACUCGGUAGUGACUGUUGGAACUGAGGACAGACGAUUUUUACGCGCUAUGAGCUUUAGCACUUGGUGGUCCCGUUCUGUGAGCUUGUGUGGUCUACCACUUUGUGGCUGAGCCGUUGUUGCUCUUAGACGUUUCCACUUCACAAUAACAGCACUUACAGUUGACCGGGGCAGCUCUAGGAGGGCAGAAAUUUGACGAACAGGCUUGUUGGAAAAGUGGCAUCCUAUGACGGUACCACGUUGAGAAUCACUGAGCUCUUCAGUAAGGCCAUUCUACUGCCAAUGUUUGUCUAUGGAGAUUGCAUGGCUGUGUGCUCUGUUGUAAAGACCUGUCAGCAACGGCUGUGGCUGAAAUAGAUGAAUCCAUUAUUUGAAGGGGUGUCCACAUACUUUUGUAUAUAUAGUAUACCUUGUUAAUAAUGUCCACAUUCCUAUAGAAGUUCAGAUCCUUUUUGAGAGAGAAAUGAGAAUCUCAGGUAUUUAACAAAUUGGCCCUCCACAUAUUUCCUAACACAGCCCCCAACAACACGUGCAUGGAGGGCAUGUUCCAGUGUCGUAAUCAGGUCUGCAUCCCACAGCGGUUCGCCUGUGACCAUGAUGAUGACUGUGGAGACGGCUCCGAUGAGACUCUGCAGUGUGGUAAGAACCGCCCCCCCCUCUCUCUCUCGCUCUCUCUCAGAUGGUGCUUUAGUAAAGUUUGUCUAGGGAGUUACUCUUAUGGAAUAUUUAAUAUGGUUGUAUUUUUCACAGUUAGCUAGUGUUCUCAUAACAUUAAGGGUUGCAAUAAAGUGGUAUUAAAUGCUCUGCUAUACUGCCUGGUAUUAUAUUUGCAUAGGAGUCAGCACUGCUUGAUAUCCAAUCUCACUUUCUCUAUUCCUGCCCGUAUUGUUGUGUUCUGACUGGACAUCCCGCCUCUUGCCUCCUGUGUCCUACAGAGUAUGGUUCCUGCAGUCUGGGGGAGUUCCACUGCACAGAUGGCCGCUGUUUACCCAGAGUCCAGUGGGAGUGUGACGGCCAUCCCGACUGUCUCGACCAAUCAGACGAGCUGCCACACAACCCCAAGUGUUCCGCUGCAGGCAAGCCUUUCAUCUGAUACUGUGUGUGUGUGUGUGUGUGUGUGUGUGUGUGUGUGUGUGUGAGAGAGAGCGAGAGCGAGAGAACAGAACAGGGACAGACCCCCCCCCCCCCCCAGUCUCACCAUGUCCCAGCUGGUUUUAGCCUAUUAUAAACAUGUGAUGCUCAUACGCCUGCUGUGAACAGGGCUGAUACAAAUUGAGUUGAUAACAGGGCCAUGCUCAGACCUUUCAGGGGGCAGGUGCUCAAAAUGAACCCACCGGCACCCGGUUUACUGAUUGUGAUUUAUCUUCAAUGCUCUUUUAUAAUAUAAUAUUCAUAAUCUUCUGACUCAUGAUAUAUGGGCUGGCUGGCUAGUAGCUUGUGUGGAUAUUUUUAGUAUAUGGUGGUUAGCUCAGGCAGGUCACCGUGAUUCAAGUCAGUAUUCAACGUCCAUCCAUGUCUGAGGACGUCGGGAGAUGCCGUGGAAACUGGCCACUAGGGGCAACAGUGAGCGCUGUUACCUUGAAGUAGGCGUUGUGGAUGUGGAUGGCAGAUCGGCGUUAGCAUCCGCCUAUGGUUCCAAAGAGCCCAAAGGUUGCAUGUUCAAAUCCAAUGAAGGUUGUUUUUGAUAUUUUUGUUUUAAGCCUAUCCUAAACCUUAACACUUACCUUAACCAUUCGGAAUUAAUGCCUAACCUUAAGAAUUCGGAGUUGAUGCCUAAACUUAACCUUGGAACGAUACAGAGAAGUAAUCAAACACUUAGAAAUUUGACGUUUGGAACAACUUAGAAAUUUGACGUUUGGAAUAACUUUGAAAUUUGACGUUUGGAACAACUUCGAAAUUUGACGUUUGGAACAACUUCGAAAUUUGACAUUUGAGAAACAUGGAUGAACAUCUAGACUACCUGUGUUGCUGCUGCCAUGACACACAUGUGCAACUCCCGACUGAAGAAGGGAUGGAGUUGGGUCGGAGGGUCGUAGAUGCAGCCAUGUUAAUCCAAUGUUAUACUGCAGCUGCUGUAGCGGUACUAUUGGUAUUUAAACUAGGUAGCUUGCGCCGAGUUGCUGCGAUGGGACAAGACUGUAACUACCAAUUGGAUAUCACGAAAUUGGGGAGAAAAAGGGGUAAAAGUGUGUGUGUGUGUGUGUGUGUAUAUAUAUAUAUAUAUAUAUAUACAGUGAGGGAAAAAAGUAUUUGAUCCCCUGCUGAUUUUGUACGUUUGCCCACUGACAAAGAAAUGAUCAGUCUAUCAUUUUAAUGGUAGGUUUAUUUGAACAGUGAGAGACAGAAUAACAACAAAAAAAUCCAGAAAAACGCAUGUCAAAAAUGUUAUACAUUUAUUUGCAUUUUAAUGAGGGAAAUAAGUAUUUGACCCCCUCUCAAUUAGAAAGAUUUCUGGCUCCCAGGUGUCUUUUAUACAGGUAACGAGCUGAGAUUAGGAGCACACUCUUAAAGGGAGUAGUCCUAAUUUCAGCUUGUUACCUGUAUAAAAGACACCUGUCCACAGAAGCAAUCAAUCAAUCAGAUUCCAAACUCUCCACCAUGGCCAAGACCAAAGAGCUCUCCAAGGAUGUCAGGGACAAGAUUGUAGACCUAUACAAGGCUGGAAUGGGCUACAAGACCAUCGCCAAGCAGCUUGGUGAGAAGGUGACAACAGUUGGUGCGAUUAUUCGCAAAUGGAAGAAACACAAAAUAACUGUCAAUCUCCCUAGGCCUGGGGCUCCAUGCAAGAUCUCAUCUCGUGGAGUUGCAAUGAUCAUGAGAACGGUGAGGAAUCAGCCCAGAACUACACGGGAGGAUCUUGUCAAUGAUCUCAAGGCAGCUGGGACCAUAGUCACCAAGAAAACAAUUGGUAACACACUAUGCCGUGAAGGACUGAAAUCCUGCAGUGCCCGCAAGGUCACACUGUUUAAGAAAGCACAUAUACAUGCCCGUCUGAAGUUUGCCAAUGCACAUCUGAAUGAUUCAGAGGAGAACUGGGUGAAAGUGUUGUGGUCAGAUGAGACCAAAAUGGAGCUCUUUGGCAUCAACUCAACUCGCCGUGUUUGGAGGAGGAGGAAUGCUGCCUAUGACCCCAAGAACACCAUCCCCACCGUCAAACAUGGAGGUGGAAACAUUAUGCUUUGGGGGUGUUUUUCUGCUAAGGGGACCUGACAACUUCACCGCAUCAAAGGGACGAUGAACGGGGCCAUGUACCGUCAAUUCUUGGGUGAGAACCUCCUUCCCUCAGCCAAGGCAUUGAAAAUGGGUCGUAUAUGGGUAUUCCAGCAUGACAAUGACCCAAAACACAUGGCCAAGGCAACAAAGGAGUGGCUCAAGAAGAAGCACAUUAAGGUCCUGGAGUGGCCUAGCCAGUCUCCAGACCUUAAUCCCAUAGAAAAUCUGUGGAGGGAGCUGAAGGUUCGAGUUGCCAAACGUCAGCCUUGAAACCUUAAUGACUUGGAGAAGAUCUGCAAAGAGGAGUGGGACAAAAUCCCUCCUGAGAUGUGUGCAAACCUGGUGGCCAACUACAAGAAACGUCUGACCUCUGUGAUUGCCAACAAGGGUUUUGCCACCAAGUACUAAGUCAUGUUUUGCAGAGGGGUCAAAUACUUAUUUCCCUCAUUAAAAUGCAAAUCAAUUGAUAACAUUUUUUACAUGCGUUUUUCUGGAUUUUUUUGUUGUUAUUCUGUCUCUCACUGUUCAAAUAAACCUACCAUUAAAAUUAUAGACUGAUCAUUUCUUUGUCAGUGGGCAAAUGUACAAAAUCAGCAGGGGAUCAAAUACUUUUUUCCCUCACUGUAUAUAUAUAUAAUAUAAAUAUAAAAAAUAAUUGGUAGCUUGCUACACACACUCGACCGGUGACUGCAUCUCAAGCCAUACAUGUUUGGAUACCGGGCGCGAACUCCGUACAGGGCAGACCAACAGGGCAGGCGCAACCAACCAACUGACGGGGUGGGGGUGGCGAACUUGACGACGUCACGACAACUUUCGGGCAGUGGGUUCAGAACAACAAUGUCAAAAACGGUGUACAAAAAAAUAUAUACAAAUACCACCACCCAAAAGGGCAGCUGGCGAGUGGGAGGGCAAAGGGGCAGGUGUUCUGGUACAGGUAGACCCCUAUGUGUACACGUUCCUGGUUGAUAGAAAUAUGUUUAUUUGACUGUUUAAUUAUGUUGGCCAGUUCCCCAGACCCAGAAUAAGCCUAGUACUGGACAGCAACAACAAAAAACUAGAUUUUUUUUAUCCAGGACUAGGCUUAAUCUGGUUCCGGGAAUCCAGGAGUCUUGCAUUCCUGCCUUUCACAGAAAGUUUGAAUCUAACGCUUACCACUUUGUUCUGUAGAAAGCUUGUGCAACGGCUCUUUCUUCAUGUGUGUCAACGGCCGCUGUGUCUCGCUGGCCAGCCUGUGUAACAGGAGGGACGACUGUGGUGACGCGUCAGACGAGAGGAACUGUCACGUCAACGAGUGUCUGAACCGCCGAGUCAGUGGAUGCACACAGGACUGUGAAGACCUGCUUGUAGGGUACAAGGUAGGAAGGUACCCCUGCUCGCUUUCUCAGAAUUAUACACACACACACACACACACACACACACACACACACACACACACACACACACACACACACACACACACACACACACACACACACACACACAUACAUACAUAUACAGAAUCACAAGUCAUGAACUGUACAAGGUUAUUUGUCAGAAACACACACACACACGUUAUAGCCCUAAGUAUGGUAAGCCACUAAGCUCUUACAACAUAAAACUAAGACUUAGCGAAAACGGUUUUAUUGAUGUUUGGCACAUUUCUCUGUAAUGAUAGGAUUUCUGUGUAAUAGCACCAGGGUUAUUACAUUCAAUAUAUUAUCAUGUGUAACAAUAAAACAAACAGAACCUAAAUCAACAUACUAUGUGGACUUGAUAUUUCUCAGAAUGGAAAAGGUUCUGUUUUCCAGAACAUUUUGCUCCUGACUUACAAUAUGUGUUUGUUUGUACUAUUCAUACUUAAUAACCAUGACCCCGGUACAUACAGUACAGGAUGUAUGUUGGGAUCUGCUUGGUUGCUUUAAGCCAUAGGUUGUCAGAGAAACAUGUAUUUAAAUCCAUACUGUAAGACAGGGUUCUUCAAUUCCGGUCCUGGAGGGUUGAAACACCUCUGUUUUUCAUCCUCUCCUUCUAAUCAGGGGCUAAUUCAGACCUGGGACACCAGGUGAGUGCAAUUAACUACCAGGUAGAAAUAAAAAACAGAAGUGUUUCGGCCCUCCAGGACCGGAAUUGAAGAACCCUGCUGUAAGAUGUUCAAUCAUCAAAGAGUGGGUUGCCAACAAAACAAAACAUGGAUUUUGCGCUCAGAACCAAUAAAAUCCCUUUGUGUCAGAGUAUCCAUGUGUCAUAGUAUCCCUGUAUAGUCCAUAGUCACUCCAACCCAAUGGCGACAGUACCCCAAGACUUUUCUAUUGAUUGAUUCAGUGCCUCAGUGCCCACACAUGGAUUCUGUCUUAGGGUCAGAAAAAUAAUUGCUCUCAAUUUCUCCCUCACGUCCGAUCCAGUGCAAGUGUUGGCCGGGAUUUCGCUUGAAGAACGAUGGCCAAACGUGUGUUGACAUUGACGAAUGUUCAUCCGACUUCCCCUGUAGCCAGCUCUGCAUCAACACAUACGGAUCUUACAAGUGUCUGUGUGCAGACGGUUACGAGGCGCCAGCUAAGAACUCACAUAGCUGCAAGUCUCUCUCAGGUACACCUCUUUCUCUACCUCCAUCAUCAUUUGAUCUUCUGUUCUUAUUCUUGCUCUUCUCUCUCUCUCUCUCUCUCUCUCUCUCUCGCUCUCUCUCUCUCUCUCUCUCUCUCUCUCUCUCUCUCUCUCUCUCUCUCUCUCUCUCGCUCUCUCUCUCUUGCUUGCUCUCUCUCUCUCUCUCUCUCUCUCUCUCUCUCUCUCCUCUCUCUCUCUCUCUCCUCUCUCUCUCUCUCUCUCGCUUUUUCUCUCUCGCUUGCUCUCUCUCUCUCGCUUGCUUGCUCUCUCUCUCUCGCUUGCUCUCUCUCUCGCUUGCUCUCUCUCUCUCUCUCGCUUGCUCUCUCUCUCUCUCUCUCGCUUGCUCUCUCUCUCUCGCUUGCUCUCUCUCUCGCUUGCUCUCUCGCUCUCUCUCUCUCUCUCUCUCUCUCUCUCUCUCUCUCUCUCUCUCUCCCUACCCAUCUGUCCUUGUAUCUGUGCCUCUGCUGCUUGAGGUACCCCUCUCUCCACCUCCACUUCCAUCUUAUCUUCUUUCACCCUUUCCUUCUCUCCAUCUUCUCUCUCUUCCUUCUUACCCAUCUGCCCGUGUGUCUGCUCCUCUGUCACCCACCUUCCGCUUGAUUUUUUAAAUCAGGCUUCCGUAAAUCACAGGAGAAUUACCUUGCCGUCAGAACGAGGAUCCUGAUUGGUUAAAAGAGAAUACUAGAAUAUGUAUAAAGUAAAACUACGUGUUCUAUCUCUAUGGGAAUGUACCUAUAGUGAGCCCAGUCAAGUAACAGCCUGUGACAGUGAUAUAUACUAGGGCUUGGAGCUAGGGAGGAAAUCAGUGUUUGUAUAAGACUGACACCUCCAGAGACUCUGACUGUAACGUUACUGUACCUGACAGCAGUAGGAUAAUGAGACGAUGCAUUGAAUGUAAUGACUUGUGAAUAAUCAUAUGUGACUCUUUAGGACCAUCACUUUCAGACUAUAUUUUCUGACUAGAUUAUUAGUCAUUGUAGUCAUCGUGUAUUAUAAUUGCUGUAUUUUUUUUCUUGUAUUUUCUUCAGCUGAAGAGCCCUUCCUGAUUCUGGCCGACCAUCAUGACAUCAGGAAAAUAAGCACUGAUGGAUCCAAUUAUAUUCCUCUAAAACAGGUAAGACGCACCUUUUUUGAACCAGCUCAAUAUUUAAGCAUGGAGAAGGUUUCUUAUGCACAGAAUCAUUUUAUUGAUCCUCUCACUUGAGUACAUUUGAGUAUAUCCUUAUAUGGCCUGUGUAUCUCCCCAACCAAUAAUAUAAAGCAAUUGCUCAAUAUGAUAUGAGGUAUUGUUUUGUAAUAACAAUACAACAUGUACCUGAUGAUUGUGUCCCACAGGGCCUCAGUAACAUUAUAGCAGUGGACUUUGACUAUAGGAAGGAGUUGAUUUAUUGGAUUGACUCGAGCUCUCCUGCCCUAACCCAACGGAGGAUAAACAGAAUGCGACUGAAUGGGAGCGACCUGAAGGUACAGUGGAGUAGCAGCUUAUACAGCAGUGUUUAGUUAGUCAAUUCAGGAAGUAAACAGAAAUUCCAAUUCAAUAAUUGAAAAAAGGGCAUCCAUUUUCAAUGACUUCUCAAAAAAGGAGGAGAAGCUAUUUAUUUCAAAAGUUGUUGCAUUUGUAAUUUAUUCUAAUCACUUCCUGAAUUGAGUGUCUUCAAUUCAAAUUUACCCCAAACGGGUUAUACAUUAGCCUGAGGAAGGUGGGUGGUGAGAUAGUGUUCUAUUGGUUAAUGUAUAGGCCCCCCCCCCCUGGGAAAGAUUAUACUGCCAGAGAUGAGAGGUUGAGAAGGUUUAUAGGUGCUUUAUAAAUCUAUAAUUAAACAUCCUGACUUUGUAGCGGUUUAAAUGUGACUAAAGGGGACAGUGUUCCCUGGCUGAAGGUUGAGCCGAGGCACAUAAAACAAUGGCAUUUAUUCUAUAUGAGGGAUUAUGGUCAUGUAGCGCCUAAUGCAUAAUGAGAUUUUAAUGCAUUCCAUUAUGUCAUAAAAUGUACAAUAUAGAAUGUGAAUGUGUGGAUAAUUCCUUAGACAGCUUCUUCGUAAAUCUUUGUUUUCAUUAUACCUCGGAAAUACUUCAUUGUUUUGGACCUAAACCACCUGUUUAUAAUUCACAGCAUUAUGUAGUUUAUGGCUUACUUGAGUAUUAGUUUAUGGUGUUGGCACAGAACAAUGGUUGUUGGUUUAGGUUCAGCUGUAUUUUAUGACAUUUUAGUUUUUUGUCAUAUUCAUGACAAUAUCAUCACGCUGUUAUGACGUACAGUUCAAAUAAAGUGUUACUGGAUCCUGGUAUGAUCAUGCUAUGCACCAUAGAUACAGUACAGUACUCAAUGUGCUUUCUUUUUGGGGGGGCAAUUUUGCACUCCUAAAUCAAUUACAUUGGCACACAGAGGAAGAUCUGACUCAGUAUCUCAAUGUCAACGAUACAGUAUCAGUGUGCUUGUAUGUGUUUCCUUGAACAUGGCUGGUCUCCUGUCAUGGCUCCCCAUUUAGCUUUCCAAAGGCCAGGGUCAGAGUCUGGGUGAAGUUAGAGUGCCAACAGAACCUGAGUACCUGAGGGCGCUCCCCGUGGCUCGUUAUCAUUAAUACAGGGAUAAUGAUUCAUUAUAGCUUUAUUGUACCCAGGAUCACUCCCGUUUUGAUUUGUAUUUUAACUCGCUGCUGCCAAAACUCUUCAGAGCAGAGACCAUUUCUGUAUUAUUAGACCAAUGUAAUCACUCUAAUGAAGGUGAUGUUAGAACUGUUGCAGUGCAGACCCAUAAAAGGCUGUUAUGAAUCGUAAGGGCUUUUCACAUGGUAUCUUCUUAAUUUGUGGUUAACAAUACCCCAGGGCUAGCUCACCCGCCAUUCACACAAUCAAUUGUUAACCCUGGGGUAACUGAACCCAACUGUCUGGAGUAGAAUAUGAGGGCUCCACAAAACAGGUUACAGGGAUUUUCUGAAUCAUCUUAGGUUGCUUUAAAGGCCCAGUGCAGGCAAAAACAUGCCUUUCCUGUGUUUUUAUAUGUACUUCCACACUAUGAGGUUGGAAUAAUACUGUGAAAAUUAUAAUAUUGUAUUUUUAGUGUAAGAGCUGUUUAAAAAGACUGCCUGAAAUUUCAGCCUGUUUUGGUGGCAUGGAGAUUUUCAGACUCUGCCAAUAAAAGCUCAUUUUCAGUUUUCCCCUCCCAACUCAGACCAUUCCCAAACAGUCCUAGCAAAAUUCUUGCUUGAGAAAUUGCUCUUUGCUAAGAAGCUAUUUUUGUUUCUUUUUGACACAUUUAAUUGAAAACAAUCACAGUAAGGUACUUAAUUGUUACCCAGAAAUGAUUUGAUAUUGAGAUGAAAAGGUCCUACCUGUUUCCUCUCCUCUAACCCACAGGUAAUCCACAGGACGUCUACCCCCAGUGCUCUAGCCGUGGACUGGAUAGGAAAGAACCUGUACUGGUGUGACAUAGGGAAGAAGAGUCUGGAGGUGUCCAAGGCUAACGGCCUCUAUCCUGUGGUAUUGGUCAGCACUGGUCUGGACAACCCUACUGACCUGGCUCUGGAUGCAGACACUGGGCAUGUACAACUCUACAUCUUCUCCCUCUCGGUCUACAUAAUGCUACGUGUUAUAUCUGUCACAGUA